GGGCUUUGUGGGAAUUUCACUUUACAAUUAUGUGGAGAGCAUGUUCUACAAUACGAAGCCUAUAAUACGGGCUGAUCAUCAUGGGAAUUGCUCUCUGUUUUAUUUAUGGGGGUUUACAACCUAAUCUCUCCCUUGCAUUGCACUUACAGGAACACUGACAUACACACUAACUGACACUGCACUCAUACAAAAGGGGCAGCUGCCCCGGGCCAGUCAUUUCUAGGGGCCCAAAGCAGCUGCCCCCUGAGCCCCCGUGGUACUACAACCGCGGGCCGCACGAUGAGUGGGCCAAUACUCUUAGGGCCACCUGAUAGCAAUGAGUCUGCAGGGGCCCGGCCAGCGCUGCAGUGUUUUAACAGCACAACCAGGCCCGCUGUGAUGAGGUCAGCGCUAGAAGGAAGUGUAGUCACUUCCUCCUAGCUAACACAGAGAGUACUGCGCGGGAGGGAGGAAGAGAGCAGACUGAGAGCCCAACUCCCAACAGCCUCAGACAGCCACCGGACCCCAGGGAAGUCACCCUCCUGCACCCAAAAGGUAGGAAACAGGAGGGUGCAGGGCCAUCAUUAAUGCAGGGCAAAAGGGGCAGCUGCCCUGGGGCCAGUCAUUCCAGGGGGCCAAAGCAGCUGCCAUCGUGCGUGUGGCACUACCACCACGGACUGCACGAUGAGGGGGCCCAUCGGGUGGCCCAGGCUCUUAGGGCCACCCGAUAGCAAUGACCCUGUGAUGAGGUCAGUGCUAGGAGGAAGUGCAGUCACUUCCUCCCAGCUAACACGGAAGAGUACUGCGCGGGAGGGAGGUAGAACGCAGACUGAGAGCCCAACUCCCAACAGCCUCAGAAAGCCACCGGACCCCAGGGAAGUCACCCUCCUGCACCCAAAAGGUAGGAAACAGGAGGGUGCAGGGCCAUCAUUAAUGCAGGGCAAAAGGGGCAGCUGCCCCGGGACCAGUCAUUCCAGGGGGCCAAAGCAGCUGCCAUCGUGCGUGUGGCACUACCACCACGGACUGCACGAUGAGGGGGCCCAUCGGGUGGCCCAGGCUCUUAGGGCCACCCGAUAGCAAUGACCCUGUGAUGAGGUCAGUGCUAGGAGGAAGUGCAGUCACUUCCUCCCAGCUAACACGGAGAGUGCUGCGUGGGAGGGAGGAAGAGAGGAGGAGCGCGGACUGAGAGAGAGCCCAACUCCCAAAAGCCACUGGACCCCAGGGAAGUCACCUCCUGCACCCAAAAGGACUAAAAUGUUAUAUUUUCCAUGUGUGUCUGUUUGUGUGUGUAUCUGUGCCUGUAUGUGUAUAUGCAUGUGUAUCUGUGUUUCUGUAUGCAUAUAUGCAUGUGUUUCUGUGUAUCUGUCUGUAAGCGUAUCUGUGUGUGUCUGUAUGUGUUUCUGUCUGUAUGUGUAUAUGCAUCUAUGUGUGUAUUUGUCUAUAUGUGUAUCUGUGUGUCUUUAUGUGUCUCAGUCUGUAUGCGUAUCUGUCUGUACGUGUGUCAGUGUGUGUCAAUGUUUGCAUCUAUAUGAGUGUCAUCCUGUGUAUCUAAAUGUUUGUCAUUAAGUGUGUGUGUGUGUACCUUCAGGUGUGUCAGUGUGUUUAUAUGUGUAUCUCUUGGUAUGUGUGUCUGUGUAGUAGCAUGUGUGCCCCUGUGUGUGUGUGUCUGUAUAUGUGUCAGUGUGUGUGUGUGUCUGUACGUCUGUAUGUUUUAGUGUGUGUCUGUGUAACUGCAUGUAUGUCCGUGUAUGUAUCUGUAUGUGUGUUAUUGUGUUUAUCUGCAUAUAUGUCAGGGUGUGUUUUUCUGUUUAUCUGUGUGUGUGUCAGUUUGUGUCUCUGUAUAUCUGUUUAUGCACUUGUGUGUAUCUGUCUUUGUAUGUCUGUGUAUUUGGAUGUAUGCAGCUGUGUAUGUCUGAGCCUGUGUAUGUGUGUAUCUGUAUUUGUGUCAGUGCUUGCAUCUGUGUGUGUAUUUUCUUUAGGUGAAAAAUAAGUGUGGCUAAGUCUACGAUCUAUGUGUGUGUGUUUUUUUGUGUUUACUUUAUGUGCCUCUUUGGGUGGAAGGUGUGUUUUCAUGCAAGAUGUUGGGAGGGAGGGGACCAGAGGGCCCAAGCAAAUGCUUUCCCAGGGUCCAAUCAACAUUACAGGAUCACUAUAGUGUCAUGAAAACAAACCUGUUUUCCUGACACUAUGUCAUCCUUGGGGGACCCUCGCCCUCAGGGUCCCCCUUCUGUGGCGCUGAAGUGGUUAAAACCCUUUCAGCAGUUUACCUUAAUCCAGCGCUGGGUUCCCUCGGUGCUGGUGACCUCUCCUCCCCCCGCAGACGUCAACAACAAAAAGUUGCAAUUGAAACAUUUUUAGUUUCGCUACAUGGCUUUAAAUUUAAAAUUCACAUUGAAUUUCUGACAAUUCUCACUUUACUGAAUAAUCCUGUCAGUCUCUCUGUCCCCUCUCUCUCAUCCACAGCUCUUCUGUCACUCUCCUGGGUGGGAUGUCUCUCAGUCUCUCUCUCUCUCCUCCCUGAUGUGGUGUUUCCUGGGCAGUCUCUCCUCCCCCCCAGGGAUGCCUGCCUGGGGGUUUCCCCUCCAUGUGGGCUGUCUCCGGACAGUCUCUCCCUCCCUCCUAGUAUGUCUCUCAGGUGGUCUCUCUCCUCCCCAUGGUAUGUCUCUAGGCAGUCUGUCCCCGCUCCGGUGGGAUGUCUCUGGGCUGUAGCUCCUUCACUGUGGGCUGUUUCCUGGCAGUCUCUCCUCCCCGGUAGGCUGUCUCCUGGAUGUCUCCGUGCAGUCUCUCCCCUCCCCGGUGGGCUGUCUCUCCCCUCCCCGGUGGGCAGUCUCCGGGCUGUCUCCUGGCCGGCUAUCCUCGGUCAGUAUAGUGAUGAUGCCGGUCUCGGGGUGGUUGUCUGUCCCCGGGGUCCUGGUGGUGUUGCUGGCCGCGGGGGUCCCGGUGCAGGCCGGUCUCUAUUCGGCCGAUGAGCCGCUGGUGUCUCUGGCCGGGUCCGCCCGCUCCCUCCUGCUCGGCUCCAGCAGCUCCUGGCUGGCAGAGUUCUACGCUUCAUGGUGCGGACACUGCAGGAACUUCAAGGAGACCUGGAGCGCGCUGGCCAGGGAUGUACAGGGUGAGCCACUUAUUACUAUUAUAAUAUUAUUAUUAUUAUACAUUGUUAUAUUAUUAUACUAUUAUAUUAUUAUAUCUUAUUAUACAUUCUAUUAUUAUUAUACGUUAUUAUAUUAUAUCUUAUUAUACAUUACAUUAUUAUAUUAUUAUACAUUAUAUUAUUAUUAUAUUAUACAUUAUAUUAUUAUUAUACAUUGUUAUAUUAUUAUACACUAUUAUAUUAUUAUAUUAUACACUAUUAUAUUAUUAUAUUAUAUCUUAUUAUACAUUAUAUUAUUAUUAUUAUUAUUAUUAUACAUUAUUAUAUUAUUAUAUUAUAUCUUAUUAUACAUUAUAUUAUUAUUAUUAUACAUUAUAUACCAUGGAGACUUGGAGCGCGCUGGCCAGGGAUGUACAGGGUGAGAAACUUAUUAUAUUAUAUCUUAUUUCCAUCAAUAUGCGGUGUAACUACAAGUCGGCUUUUGAGCAAAGUAAAUGUUCAGAGACUUGUAUACAACAAGCCUGUAGGUUGUACAUACGUCUUUGACAAACAAAAGUGCACAUUCAAGCUUCUAAGGUUACAAGUAUAAAGUUAGUGUAUAGAUUGGUCUUACAAUUGGACAGGUAUACCUAAACAUGUCAUCGCUCCUUAACAAGCCAUGUGUUGAGUACACAACCGUAACUUUGCAGCUCGGGGCUGCUGCACAGGGGUAUAUAUCUGUAUCAUAAAUGAGUUAUUGCCAGGUAAUCGGUGAGUGGGGGAUCUGUCUUAGGGGGUUGGGAUCAGGCAGUGAGCCAUAUGCGUCAGUCGGCUCAGGGCAUAGGGAUCGUAGGGGGUUAGGGUGGUAUGGCAAGAGGGGCAGAAGGAAGAGCGAGUGGUAGUUGAAGUAAGAGAGUAGGUAAGAAGUAAGUAAGAGAAAAAAAUAAAUUAAAAGGGGACGGGGGGAGUUAAUUUAGGUGCUUGUUAUCCGCAGGCAAUGUACAUCGGCCAUGUGGCCCAUGUCUGGGUACACCUGUCGGAACCCUGUAGGGCUGCUGUCAUUGAUUCCAUGGCAUAGAUUUCUCCUACCCUAUCAACCCAUUGCUGGACGGUUGGCACAUCCGUCUGUUUCCAGUACGUGGGUAUCAGGGACUUUGCUGCAGUCAGCAGAUGUUUUGUCAAAUACUUUUUUGGUAGGAUUUCAAUGUCAUACUAGUAUGGUGGAAUAGCAUGGGCAAAGGCUGGAGGGGCACCAAGAAAUUUAUAGCUCUGCCCAUCUGUGCAUUAUUGUACAUCUUAUUAUAUAUUAAGAAGACAUGUAGCAUGCUGGCCAGGGAUUUACAGGGUGAGCGAGUUAUCAAUUUUCCUAUUAUUAAUCAUUAUAUAUCUUAUAUCUUAUAAUUAUUAUUAAUCAUAUACAAUAUUAAUAAUAAUACUCCCCAGGCUGUGCUCACCCUUUACAUCCCUGGCCAGCGCGUUUCAGGGUGCCUUGAUAUAUAAUGUUAAUAAGAAGAUAUAUAUUGGAGUAAUGAUAAGAUAUAAUUCGUUCACCCUGUACAUCCCUGGCCAGUGCGCUUCAGGUCUCCUUGAUCUAUAAUGUAUAUUAUUAUAUAUAUAUAUUAGCUGUUAAGUGCAUGUUUGGCUGUUUGUGAGUUGCUGUGAGUGACGUCUGGGUAGCUGAUGUGUUGUUCCCAUCACCCCAUCAAUUUAUUAUGAUUGUAAUAAGAUUCAUGUUUCCCCCUCUUCCUUUCUUACCUUGGGCAGAGAAGAAAUGUACCAUUUCCUGGAGGUCACAUGGGACUGGUGGGAGGAGCUCGUGGUCUGCACCUCUGGCUGGUGCAGAUCACUGUAAAUGCUCCUUCCAGUCCGAUACCGGGAAGGGCCAUUUAAAGUAAACUGCAGGUUCUUUGUAGGAGUGAGGGAGCGCUGGGCCAGUCAGCGAGAUCUUUUGAUCUCCCUGUCGGCUUGUGCAGCAGCUGGGCUACAGUGUAAGAGCAAGCCCUCCAGCUCUGUUAAUGUGAGCCUGGGCACAGCCCAUGUGCACUGCUAUGGCUGUGUAAUCGCAUAGUGACAGUCAGCCACGGGUAGAAAAACUGCUGCACAACUAUAUAGACUGUUCCUCCUAUAAAAUAUUUUAAAAAACCACAACGUACUGCAUUCAUAUAGACACCGUAUAACCAAAUUGUGGAUUUAUUUAAUUUGUGUAAUUUCUUAGUGUGAAUUCUUCCUCUUGUGUUUCUUUAUCCCUUACUCCUAAAUUGUAAGAUCAUCUAAGCAAGGCCUUCUUACUCUGUAAAUAUUAUUUUCAAUGUUAAUUACUUGUCAUAUAUAAAAAGAAGAAACAGAAGGAAUGAGGUGUUGGAAGACAACCAACACCUCAAGCUCUGCAAAGAGGUUACUAGGCGAAUAGGGGGCUUAACCCCAAGGAAGGAAGUAGACAAAAAAAGAAAGAAAUAAGCUAGAAAUUCACCAUACAUACGAAUAUGAAGGUAGAAACCUGCUCAUUCGAUGGUCUAUACCCCUAAAGUAAGUGUACUUGUCAUAAGGAGGGGAAAGAUCAAACACAGAAAAGGAAGGGGGAAGAAAGGGAGGGAAAACGUGGAUAUUAUACCUUUAAUAGAACAAGGGAUACACACAAAAUAUAAUAAUGAUAAAAAAUCAAACUGGCUCUAUGUAUGGCAAGAAGGGAAAUAUCCUUUGUAAAAAUUCAUAUAGGGAAGUGAGGUAUAACCUCACAGAUAUUGGAUCUAAGCCAACACAAUUGCGAAGUACUGGGGACCAAAAGACAGGCCACUAAAGAGGUAUAGACUAAUUGCAAGUAUAGUGUUAGACUUAGAAAAUGAAACUGCCAGAAAUCUGGUCUUAGCCAAUAAAUCCUGCCAGAAAUCUGGUAAAUAGGCAGGGGGGUAUUACAGAUAGAAAUAUAAAUAUAAAGUAAGCCUUGGUAGUAAAGGUACCCCUAAAGGGAGCACAGUAGUUGCUAGUGCAGGUUAGUAGGUAAAGCUAUGCAGAGGGUUAAUAUAGGAGAAGUGCCCACCUGAGCAUAGAGAAGCAUACAGAUACAUGUAGCUUAUUACCAAAAACAAGAAAGGCCUCCAAACAAUGCCCUGUCCGUAACCUGAAUAACCCUGCACAAACUAACUGACUCCCCUGAAAACAGGGUAACUAGGUACAAUGCCUGCUGCUUCAACGGCAGCCUAAAGGCUAUCCCUAUCACUUAACCCCCUCACUGCCCAAAUAAAUAAAUAAAUAAAUAAAAAGAAAAACAAAAAAAUUAAAUAAAGUAAAAUGAAUGCAUCGGCAUUCUGAAAUGCUCGACGCGCGUUUCGGUGUGUAAGAACGCCUUUGUCAAGAGCUACAGAGUGUCUGCCUACCUGGCCGCGUUAAUCGACCCGCCUCUAAAGUCCCAUCAGCCAAUCACUGUCCUUCGGGCCAACCUCCCUGAACGUAUUACUCCGAUAUCCAAUCAAACUAGAGAAGGAGGGGGGGGAGAGGGGAGGGAGCACAGGAGGACGUCGGCCCACGUGGGUGGCGGGCGUGUCAUUCGCUUAGCCACAUCAGUGAGCCAACCUCCAGGAUAACGUCAUGCCUACUGCUACCAAUACUCGAUUGGAAGGCGCAGAGAGGGCGUGGUGGGAGUCCGUGGGUGAUAGACACAUAGACUCUAUCGAAACCGCACUAGGAAUUGAAGUAGUAAUAAAUGGAAUGCAAAUAAAGGUAUGUACAGUGUGUUCCCAUGGACUCCCCACAGUUCAAAUCAAAUCUAGAAUGGACAUCUCAGUAAUCAAUAGGAAAGAUGGGCAUUGUAAACUGGUAUUGGAUGUGGCUAUAAUAGCCUUAAAAUGUAACACUUAUACAAUGUGAUCAGAUUCAUCAAAUUACUUGUCAUAUAUCCCGAUAAUUAUAAAGUGCUGCUGAUAAUGUUGGUGCUAUAUAACUAGUGGUGGUGAUAAUGAUAACCGUAGUGAUCAUAGUUUUACUAAACUAGCAUUGUGAACAGUAUACGAGGAAAUAACAAAUUAUAGACCUAGUUGGUGGAUACCCUGCAAUUUUCUAAGUGCGUGUUCUAUUCUAGUUUGUAGGAAAGGUGUAUACCCAAACAUUGUGCUAAUUAAUUUCCUGUGUUUCUAGCCACACACUGCCAGAUUAUCCCAUGUGUCUUCCAGUGUUUUUCUAACGUAGUAAUGCCUUGCUUGCAUUGUUUUUAGUUAAUUAAUUAAGGGAAGUGUUGGAUGGGUUUUUAACCCUUUCAACACAUGGGGGUUAUUGGGAGAGGGACACUAUGUGAUGUGUUAGGAAUACAGUUUUGCAUUCCCAACGAUAUAGUGUUACAUUAAUCAGGCUUCUCCAGAUUGAGCAAGUGCUAAAGAUCAAAAUGGAGUAUGACGAUCAAUUGAUAGGCCUAUAGAGCAACUACAUCUCUCAGGUGAACAAUUGUGCUUUUGUGGUUUUGGCACCAGGAGUGCUCUGGUUUACGGAUGGUUUGACUUUUUACCUAGGGUCUGCUAGGCAGAGAAAGGUUAAGACCCAUGGGGUGCUAGCAAGUUACCAGUUUGCGCCCCCCAUGAUUGUUCCAUGAUUAGCAACCAUUGGUUUCUGUAGGUCAUAACAAACGUGGCAUCAUGCAGGGCUGAGGUGCAAAAGGGAUAAUUUUCGCUUGGAUUCCAAAAUUUUUUUAUUUUUGUGCUUCACCCCUGUUACCAGAAGAGGACACAUCAAUCUGAUUUUGAUAUCGUUUCUGUGCUUCCAUAACAAAACAAGACUAUAAUAAUUUAUUAUUAUUAAUAGUAAUGAUAAUGAAACAGCAAAAUAUCACUCUAUAUCCUUCCUAUAGGCAUUUGGAUAUAUUGAAAGGGUUUUGUGCAUUUGAGAACUGGCUUGUGAAAUUUUUAUUUAAAUCAGCAAAGUUGUUAAUGUGUUUCCCAAAAUCUGUUAUUUUGGUGUAACAAAAUAAUACAAAAUACAAAACAAUCUAUUGUUAAUUUUAAAAACUCCUAGAUUGUUUCAAGACAUCUUCCCUAGGAGAGAGAAAGUCAGAAUCAUUCUGGAAGUGACCGUCUGCUUUAAAUAGAAAUCAAAGGUAAAAUAUAUAAUUGAGGGGGUUGAAGUGAACGAGCAAUUUGCUGUCUGAAGCAAAUAAUAUGAUAGACCCUGCUUGGCAGACAUGAGAGAGACUGGAACCAAUUAUGGUGCAAAAAGCCACAUUUAAAAUUCUGAUGUUCUCGGCUGUCCCUGUUUAGCUCUCUGCCUUAAAGGAAUACUACAGUGCCAGGAAUACAAAACGUUUUAAAUGGCACAAGUUACUUCAUCUGGCAUUCAUUGGGUUAAACCUUUGCAAAUCUGUGCAUCAGUGUUUACCUUUUGAAUGUGUGAAGUGAUUGGUAGAAAGGUAUUCCUACCUUGUUUAGCUGCACACGUGGAACGAGCAGUCUGAGCUCACGUUGUGCACCUGACACUGUUUUGCAGACGAAGGGUGUAUUUAUGCACAUACAUAACGUCUAGAAACCAGUAUUGUUACGGUGUGAAAUAAUGUAGACCAGCAUACAUUUGCCCUGUAAAAUGUUUUUAUUGGCUGCAUUUAAUGUUCCCUUCUUAGUAUUACUUUAAAUACUUAUUUAUAUAGGUGUGAUUGAUCGACCCAUCAGCAUGUGCGUACGUGUGGUGUGUGUGUGCUUAUGUGUAAAAUGGGUGGCUUGCAAUAAAGAUGAAUAAACAGGGUGGUUUCCUUUACCAUUCUUCUAAAAAUAAACAUCUGUCAUUUUUCUCUCUGAGCUGCGGAGUAAAUGUAUGUGUUAGGAAACACCUUUUUUUGUUUUUGUGUACUUAAUGGAUCUUUGUUAGUUAAGUGUUUAUUCAACUGUCAAUAAAACAAUCAUAGGUUGGUUAAUGCAAGGCAAUACCUUUUAGAAAAUUGACACUUGUUGCCAAGGUAUUAAAGUAACUAUAACGCCAUUGUGUAUCUGGGUAAAAAUUGAUUCAACAGCUGCAUAGUUCUCUGUACAUUCUACCAACAUUACUCUCUCUGCUAUGAAAUUCAUGUGUUUCUGUAGUGAUGGCACACUCCAAGCACCAUAAACACUGCAGACCCUUUUGGUGCCAGUUGUCCCCUGGAUGAGAUGUAAAGCCAGUUUAGUAUCAUUUGACACCUUUCCUGGGUUCUGCUGUCACUGUCUGUAGCGUCUGCUGGGCUCUGACAGAUCCUGCAUCGACUCACUUUACUCGAUAGAGAAAUCUGCUCAAAUGAGCUUACAGGCUACAGGAGGUGGGGUAUAAAACACAUUAGGACAGGAAAUAGCCAUCAAGGUGGGAGUGAAGCUGAGCUGGAGGAGAGAGUAGAGUGCUACCCUUUAGGAGAGAGCAAGAGACAGGUAUGUGAGGUAGAGGUUUCUCUGGGAGGCCAUAAGCUUUCCUAAGAUAAUAGCACUGUGUAAAUAAGCUAGAAAUUGGUGGUAAUGCUUCAAAAGCUUGUCUUUCACUUAAAGACAACAGCAUUUUCUUUUUCAUUUUUUGCUGUUUGCAUUCAACUGCGAUUUGUAUUUUAAUAAUUUAUUGCACCGACACAUAUUAUAUACCGUUUUUUAAAGGACAGAAAGGGCUUUAAUUUGAUGUAAUAUAUAUAUAUAUAUAUAUAUGUUACAUCAAAUUAAAGCCCUUUCUGUCCUUUAAAAAACGGUAUAUGGGGGCGGGGCCUAACCGCAGAGCUGUGAAGACGCUUAUCUCAGCAGCUCCUGCUAAACUUAGCAACCUAAAGCCGAAUUUCACUGCCACACCGGCACACAAUCAUGAUUAUAAGGCCAGCACUCAAGAGUGGGCAUCGGAGUGAGGAGAACGAUACCUCUCAAGCGAAGAACCGAGCUAAACUCACUGUGAGGCCUACAAGCAUGGCAGGCGCAGGGGAGACGGCCGCUCCCCAGCUGCAACACCAUGCCGGAUAUCUGGCGGCGGGCUCUCGCUUCCCCCCCUCUGGACCGGCGGGGGUCAUCCCGGUCCACCAGCUUACGGUGAGCACUCACCUCUGGGACACUUAUAAGAGCAAUUCCGACCAAUCGACCCCACGAGGCCAAGCCAAGAUGGCUGCCGGCAGUGCCGCGAAUCCACCGCCUCAGACAGCCGAUGAAUGGACAGCGGCCUUUCAGUCUAAAUUUGAGGAGGUAUGCCGAAAAUUUUGGGAGAGAUUGGGAAAGAGGAACCCACCACCCGCUCUGAAACCAGCUACACUGGUAAAGCGACAACACACACUCUCUCACACGCGGCCGAGGCACCUGAUUUUGGCAACGACACCACGAGAGCGAUUAACCAGCAACACGACAAAGCGGAGGGAGAGACAGAGGGGCAUUAACCGCCCAAAGCAGAAAAACAUAGCCAAAGCAAUGGCCAUAACGCCACCUAAGAGGACAGCACCCCGAGGCACUGCCUCCCUGCACAUGCCGCGCAAACGGAGGAUCAUCUGCCGUAAACGGAUACUUCCACUUUCCUCUAAAUACCCAAGGCGAGGGAAGGACCGAAUGACACAGCAUAGCGAUACUACAGCUGAGCCAUUGAAAAAGGGGAACAGCUACCAAGCCAGGGUGCACAGAUCAGCCACGACCCUCUGCCUAUCUAUUCCAUGCGCCGAACAAAUGCAACAGCCCAAAGGAUUUCUCGGUGAGAUGCCGACACUUACCUCUCAGGACACUGCCCCAGCCCCUGCCUCGAUGGAAUAUGGCACACAGCACCAACGGAUUGCCAUUGCAGGCAUUGGAUGACCCCAGACAGCAAAGCAGACUUCCCCACACUGUAAUACUACAGUAUCUGGGUCGGCUCCUGUAUCACUACUCGUUCACAACAUGCAUACUCAAAUAUGUGUUCCAGACAGUUAAACAACCACUCUGAGCAAGUACUGAAUUGAUCCUUCCUGUUAUUAUACCUUUACACUCUCACCAGUUAUGCUUUCCUUAAUAUAAUCUGAUAGCACACAGUGCUCAUGUUCAAUCUAUGUUCUUUUCUCACAAAGAAUGUGUUCCUAUAAUCACUUGUUUUUAUAUACUGGAUGUCUUAUGACAACAGCAUGUCUACAUCUAUAGCACUGUAAACCAGCAUUAUCUGUAAUGACCAUAGAACGGGCAGACUGUAUAACUGAAUACAAGAACUAACAUGUCUUCAGCAUGAAGGCUAAGCUAGCGUAUAGCACUACACAUUUCAAUCCUACAACACUCAGUUUACAUGCCUGUAUCUGUUAACGUAGCAAGAUCAUCCAACAAACUUAGCCACUAAUUACCAACAAAAAUACGCUAAUGUCAACGCUAUUGUUUAGCCUGUUUAAUAUGCACGUGUACGCCGAGGUGGAGAUCCUGACACCAUAACACUGAAUGACCAUAACUUAGAGCGCAGACCAAAUGUUGCUUUAUGGCACUUUGUUCUAUAGAAGCGUGUACCUCACCUGUCCUGAUAUACAAAACAGGUGAAAGCGCCUGAAAAGCGAUAUCAACGCAGAUACAUUAGUUAAUGCCAACUUAAUGUGACACCAAGCCAGGAUAACUGCUCACCUAAGCAAUGUUAGCACUGUAAGCCUGAAUAGCAAUGCUUUCAUCUUUAGACUUAAUCUUAUGUUAUCUCAUUUUAUGUUGCUCUCAUUAUUAUUGAUGCCUUCUCAGUUUAACACCUGUUUAUUAAUAAUAUAAAACUGUGCAGACUAUCUAUUUGCCAUGUUUGACAAUGUAAGAUUCUAUUAAGCUUGUGACUGCUGAUGUGGCAACACGGGCUCGUUUGAUAUCACUUGCACAAUAAAAAUAAAGAAUUAUAAAAAACGGUAUAUAAUAUGUGUCAAUAUGUGUACAAUUUGUUUAAUUUUUGGGGGAUUUUUCUGUAUUUUUUAAGAAUAUAUAUAUUUAUUUAAAAAAAAUACAGAAAAAUCCCAAUUUUUUUUUUACAAAUUGUGUUUUGUUUUUUUUAUACAGUUUUUGCAAUAAUAAUGUGUGCACAGUUAGUGCAGGUUAAGGAAAGUAAUUAAAAAUUCAUUUAGUUUAGAUUUACAGAAUAUAUAAUGUGUCUGGGAUUUUAAGGUUUUUUUUUUUUUUGGUAGUUACAGGUCACAAAGCACAAGGAGUAAAAUAAACUGUUAAUGUGGAGCGAUUUUAGAAUUUGGUAUGUUUGUCUUGUAAGCUUAAUAGCCAUAAAAGAAAACAAAAUUGCCACACAAAAGUAUAUAUUUAUAUAAAGUAGACAUCACGGGCUAUUUACCUAAGGUUGUUUUGACACUUUCUACGUAGCCAUUUCACCGCCAACCUCUGCUAAAUAUUGGAGUAAAAUUUUGUUUUUUUUGGUUUUUGGCACACAAACUUAUAACAAAGAAAUUCUCAUGUGUAUUUUGUAAGGUUGGUGUGUGCUAUUCCUGUACAAAGUUUUAUUUUGUGUUCAGUUACAUCUGCUGAGUAAAAUGACACCCCCAUUGGAUGUCUUUGGCACUAUUUCGUGAAGUUACAGUGCCAUAUAGGAGACCUGUCCUUUUCAGUAUUCACAGUAGAAUUUUGAGAGACGGAUUUAAUGAGCCUUUGCUUCCAUUUGGGGUAUUAUAGUAGUUUGACUGUUCACAAAAACCCACAAAGGCCUACCAUUUGUAAAAGUAGACACUCCAGGGUAUCUCAUAAGGUGCAUAUUGUGCCUUAACAUGCCCCCAUUUUUUCACCAAUAUAUGCCAAAGUAUGUGGUAAAAAAUUUGUGCAUUUUUUUACAUACGGAUUGCAUUUUUGCUGGGCAUUUUGUAUAUUUCAUAUGUGCCACUAAGUUCAAACCCCCCAAAUUAUGCUCAGCUAAGUCUUUUGAGUAAAAAGACACCCCCAAUGAAUGUCUUUGGCACUAUUUCGUGAAGCUACAGUGCCAUAUAGGAGACCAAGCCAUCUCCGUUUUUACCGAACUUUGAAUUUUGACGCUGGGCCUAUGUGCAACUUCCAAGCAUCUUCGCAGGUUUUAAAUUCUAACUACCCCACAAAGGCCUACCAUUUCUUAAAGUCACCCCAGAGUAUUUCAAAAGGUAUAUUUUGAACCAGGUAUAUGUGGAUGUUGAAGGGGCACAUUUGAGACGCAGCCAUUCAGUUUUUUUUCUAACUUUGAAGUUUUACGCAGUGUCCAUGUUCCAAUUUGGAGUAGUUUAGAUGGUUGGUUAUUGAAACUUCCCCUCAAACACAUACUAUUUAUUAAAUAAUACACCGUGGGGUCAAUCAAAAGGCAUAUUUUGAACCUUGGCGUGGGAUAAUUUUUUCUCUUGUUUGUUCCAGGUGUAGUGGUAAUGAGCGUUUUUAAAUAUAUUUUUUUUACUUUUUAAAACUUGUUUUACUUUUUGAAACUAGUUUUUAAACUUUUGUUUUGCUUAUUAAUUUUUUUUAAACUUUUUUUUUUACAGAUGUAACAUUUUUCUAAGCUUUUUUUUAAAAAAAAUUUUUUUUUUACCGUUAACCCCUAACUAGCAGUAAGCAGCACUAACAGUAAAUUCCCCAUUUUCCCAUAACUCCCAUCCACCCCGGCUAGCAAAAUAUAUAAUUAUAAAAUAUUUAAAUUAGUUAAUUAAAUAAAUUGAACCCCUCUGGGUUAAAAAAUAAAUAAAAGUUGAUCGUUAGGGGUUAAAAAAAAUUAGAUCACAGUAUAAUACUAUGAUCUGUAUUUUGAUCACUGUAGUCAGUGAUCGGCUGGCAGGGAAGGGGUUAAAAAAAAUUUGGACUGGCUAAAGGGGGGUGUUUUUUUUAUUUUUUACUUAAACGUUAUUAAAACUUUUUUAACUUAAUUUUGAACUUUUUAAAGCUUAUUUUAAAACUUUUUUUUUUUAAAACGUUAACCCCUAGUUAGCCUAACACCAAAUUCCCCAAUUCCCCACUAACUUCCACCCACCUCAGCUAGCUAAUUUUAUAAUUUUAAAAUACUUUAACCCCUGAGGGUUAAAAAAAAUAAAAAUUAACCCUCAGUGGUUAAAAAAAAAAAAAUCAGAUCAUAGUAAAAUCCCUGCCAAUUGAUCACUGUAGGGGGGGUGGGAUUUUAAAUUAACUUUAUUUUAUUUUUUCUAACAGGAACAAGAUCAGUGAUUAUCAGUCUCCCUGCACUUCACACAGAACCAGGAAGUGCAGGGAGGCGGAAGGUGAGUAUAUGGAGCACAUGUGCUCGCUCUGACAGCCUGUCAGAGCGAGCACAUGUGCUGGGGCAGCCUGAUCGGGUGCUCCCGGUCUGCCUCUAAUACAGAAGCAGACCGGAGCACCAUUAACCCCACGAUCACGGCGAUCUGGGGUUAUUUUUACCGCGUGACGGACAAGGUCCGUCACUCAUCGUUAAGGGUUUCUCCUGAGUGACGGUCCUCGUCCGUCACUCGUCAUUAAGGGGUUAAGGACCGAACUGUUUUGGCCAUGUUGUACGGUAAGGACCAGAGCUGUUUUAACACUUUUGUGGUGUUUGUGUUUAGCUGUAAUUUUCUGAUCUCUCUCAUUUAUGGUUCCCAUACAAAUUAUAUGUUGUUUUUUUCAGGACAAGAAGGGCUUUCUUUACAUACCCUUAUUUGUAUCAUGUCGUCAUACAAUUUACUUUAAAAAAAAAUAAUAAAAUAUGGUGAAACAUGUUUUUUUACUUUUACUUGAAAAAUCUUUUACUUAUCUUCAAAAGCUAAUGAAAAAACUGCUUAAUAGAUUCAAAAUGUUGUCCUGAGUUUGAAAACACCCAGUGUUUACAUGUUUUGUUUUUUUUUGCAAGUUCUAGGGCUAUAAGUACAAGUAGAAGUUAGUUUUUUGGGGGGGUUUUUCGGAUGACAGUUGCAGGGGAGGCAGCAGGGUAAGUUGUAUGAGUACAUUUUCUGAAUUGAUUUAAAAACGAUCAGACGGUAUAGGCAAUUUUUAAAGUACUAUAAAUGAGGCACAGACAAUGCAAGGCAUUUAUUUAUGUUUGUUAUUCUCGUGGUUUCUGCCAAUAGCUCUGUAGUUUCUAUGAAGUUACUGACAGCCAUCCACAUGUCUGUAUAAAGAGGAUAUCAUUUUCAGACUUGGAGAGGAACCCAACUAGGAAAUGCAUUCACGAUACGUGUGCAUUGUUUAGUUUCACUUCAAUCGAUUCCCAUUAUCAGAUUAAUAAUAUGCCUACGUUAUAAGCCCCUUUCAUUGAUCCUCAGAAAUUAAAGUGGCUGUCACUUUUUUUUCUUAUUAAGCAGUACUGGCAUGUCCAAUCCCCCCCUGUGGGCAGCCCUGAUUUUGUCUUGUACAUAAGGAAAAGUAGGGCAUAGUUUUUUAUUUCAUAAUAGCUGCAGGUUGACAAAAGGUGGAGCUUUUUUAUUUAAGCUCCAUGUCCUUGGUCCACUUUCGUCAUUGUCCUCACUUGCCUCCUUCCAGCGUUGCGUCCCCUCUGGCAGAGGCGGGGAUUUCUGGUGGCUGCCAUUUUGGAAGUGCAUAGUUGAUGACACCGUGAAUGAAAACCCAGCUGGACCAGCAUAACCAUUAGCAGGAAAUUAGUACCAGUCCCGGGGCCACUAAAGUUAAUAUGUAAUAAAUAAAAAUAAAUAUCAUGGGGCAGCUCUAACCACAUUAUUCCUUGUUUUAAGUUAUUUAGAAAAGGAAAGAAGCUCAAGGAAAAAAGGAAUUACGCCUCCCUUCAGGGAAUUAUGCUAUUUUUGUUCGUAGGGAAUGGGGUGGUUUACUUCUGGCAGAAAACAAUUUAAGACCACGUUAAGUUAAGCCAUUUUAUUUUUCAUGGAAAAUUCCCAGGGUGCACAAUGGGUCUUUUGAGCUUUACCUGAGUGGCGUGCAGUUUUGUAGUGUUUUGUUUUGCGUUAUUAUGUGUUACGGCAGACAUUCUUUCUUGAUAUUUCGUAAUCACUGGCUCCCUGUCAGGAAACUGACAGGGAUCCAAUACGCAGAGUGCGCACAGAAGGAGGUACGUAUACCGGACCUUAGAAUGGCCGGACUAACGUAAGGACAAAGCAAGAAUAGUCAAAAGGUAAGCCGAGGUCAAGGGAGCCGGAGGACAGGUAAGCGAGAUACAAGCCGAGUCAAAGGAGAGGAGAGGACAACAGGACAAAAGACAAGCAAGGGUCAAAACCGGAAACACAAGAUAAAGAACGCGCUGAGUGACUAGCAAGCUAGAACCACGACAGGGCAAUGAGCAGUAGUAAAGGUUUCCUUUAAAUACCCUGUUACCUAAAUAGAGACCACGCCCCCAAAAGGUCCGGAAUAGCGGUUCCCGGCACUUUAUGCAAAUGCCGACGUCAUGACGUCGACGCUAGCCGUCGCGUCAUAAAAGGGGGAGGAGCUAGCGCGGCCGGCGCGAAAACGGCCGAAAUGCUAGGGGAAGGGAGCCCCUAAGCAGAGAGGAUGUCCUCCCUGGAUACAUCACCAACAGGUACCCUGACAGUACCCCCCCUUCUAGAAACGCCCACCGGGCGGAUGGGACCUGGCUUAGAAGGAAAACGAACGUGGAAGGCCCGUAGAAGACGAGGAGCAUGCACGUCUAUACCAGGAACCCAAGACCUCUCUUCUGGACCAUAACCUUUCCAGUCUAUGAGGUAUUGCAGCUUCCCCCUAGAAAUACGAGAAUCAAGGAUGGACUUGAUGAUAUAUUCCUCCUGACCAUCCACACGGACCGAGGAUGGAGGAGCAGAGCGGGAGGAAAAUCUGUUACAAACAAGAGGUUUCAAUAACGACACAUGAAAAGAGUUAGGGAUGCGUAGAGUAGGAGGUAGAUCCAGCAAAUAAGAAACCGGGUUGAUCCUCCUCAGUACCCUGUAAGGACCAAUGUAACGAGGAGCAAACUUCAAGGAAGGAACUUUCAGGCGAAUGUGUCUGGUACACAACCAGACCCUAUCCCCCGGAGAAAAAAUAGGAGCAGGACGUCUACGCCUAUCAGCAUGUGACUUAAACACCGCGGAACUACGUUCAAGAAUUUGUCGAGUCUGAUCCCACAACUUUCUCAGGUUGGCUAUAUGAAUAUCAACCGACGGUAUACCCUGGGAAGGAGACACCGACGGAAGAACAGUAGGGUUAAAGCCAUAGUUCAAGAAAAAGGGGCUAUUACGAGUGGAACCACAAACAAGGUUGUUGUGAGCAAACUCCGCCCAAGGAAUCAGACCGACCCAGUCAUCCUGGUGUUCAGAAACAAAACAACGUAGAUAUUGCUCAAUUUUUUGGUUAGUGCGUUCGGCUGCUCCGUUAGAUUGAGGAUGAUAGGCCGAAGAAAAAUUCAGUUUGAUGCCCAACUGUGAACAGAAGGAUCUCCAAAAACGGGAAAUAAAUUGGGAACCCCUGUCUGACACAAUCUCAUUGGGAAUACCAUGUAAACGGAAAAUUUCUCUAGCAAAUAUCACGGCCAGUUCGGGGGAGGACGGAAGUUUAGGCAAGGGAACGAAAUGAGCCAUUUUAGUAAACCUGUCAAGGACCGUGAGGAUAACUGUAUGCCUAUUGGAAGCUGGUAGAUCAACAAUAAAAUCCAUAGCCAAACAAGCCCAAGGUUUGUUGGGAACGACUAAGGGCUGCAAUAAACCACAAGGGAGAUCCCGCGGAAGUUUAUUCCUGACACAAACAUUGCAAGCCUUGACAAAGUCUUCCACAUCCCUACGUAAACCGGGCCACCAGAAGUCUUUGGAGAUCAGGCAGUAAGUUUUGUGGAUGCCGGGGUGACCAGCGAUCUUGCUAUCGUGGAAACAGCGAAUAAUGUCCACUUGGAAUUUGGGAGACACGAACAAGCGGCCCACAGGAGUACGUUCGGGAGCAAGAGAUUGUUCGUUCUGAAUAUCAGCGAGCAAUGGAGAGUGUAUUUUGACAUUGGUGUUGGCGAUAAUAUUGACUUCAGGAAUAAUAGGGAACAAAGUAUCCUCUGUAGAGGUGGUAGGUUCGUGCUGACGUGACAAAGCGUCUGCCUUAGUGUUCUUAGAACCAGGCCUGUAAGUAAGCACAUAAUUAAAGUGUGUAAGGAACAUAGACCAACGUGCCUGCCUGGCAGAUAAUCUUUUGGCCUCCCCCAUAUACGAUAAAUUUUUGUGGUCAGUCAAGAUAGUAACUGGGAGGACGGUGCCCUCUAACAAAUGUCUCCAUUCCUUUAAUGCCAUAAUGAUAGCUAAAAGUUCUCUAUCACCAAUGUCAUAUCUCCUUUCAGUGUGUGAUAGUUUCUUGGAAAAAAAACCGCAAGGGUGCAGCGGCUUAUCUAAACUUUGUCUUUGGGAUAACACUGCGCCUAUCCCUGUUUCAGACGCAUCAACUUCAAGUAAAAAGGGUAGAGAGGUAUCAGGAUGAACUAAUACAGGUGCUGAGGCAAAAGACUGUUUGAGCGUUUCGAAAGCAGAUAAAGCCUCAGUAGACCAGGUUUUGGUAUCGGCUCCUUGUUUGGUCAUAUUAGUGAUAGGAGCGAUAACAGAGGAGUACCCUUUAAUAAAACGUCUGUAAUAAUUAGAAAAUCCAAGAAAUCUUUGUAUGGCUUUGAGUCCCUUAGGUAAAGGCCAAUCUAAAAUCGAUUUUAGUUUGGUCGGGUCCAUCAUAAACCCGUCUUUGGAAAUUACGUAACCUAAGAAAGUUACCUGAGACUGGUCAAAGCUACAUUUUUCCAAUUUACAAUACAAUCCAUGUUGUAAAAGUUUCUGUAAUACCUUUCUGACUUGUCUAUGAUGUGAAUUAAUGUCUCUAGAAUGGAUUAGUAUAUCAUCCAAAUAUACAAUUACACAUUCAUGUUGGAAUUCUCUAAGAACUUCAUUGAUCAAGUCUUGGAAGACGGCCGGGGCGUUACAAAGCCCAAACGGCAUUACGGUAUACUCAUAAUGCCCGUAACGGGUAUUAAAUGCUGUCAUCCAUUCAUCUCCUUGUUUAAUUCGCACUAAGUUAUAUGCUCCUCUUAAGUCAAGUUUAGUAAAAAUACUCGAGCCCUUUAGUCUGUCAAAGAGUUCAGUAAUCAAAGGAAUAGGGUAAGCAUUUCUGAUAGUAAUUUUGUUCAAUCCCCGAUAGUCUAUACAAGGACGUAAGGUACCGUCUUUCUUUUCUACAAAAAAGAAACCCGCCCCCGCCGGAGAAGAAGACUUUCUAAUAAAUCCCUUGUCUAAAUUCUCCUUGAUAUAUUCCUCUAAAACUAAGUUUUCCUUGGUGGAUAGAGGGUAUACCGUACCCCUGGGAGGCAUAGUACCAGGGAAAAGUUUAAUAGAACAGUCAUAAGACCGGUGGGGAGGUAAAGUAUCCGCCUUACCCUUGUCAAAUACAGAUUUGAGGUCUAGAUAUUGUAAUGGUAUCUGAACGUCUGUGGAUUGAGAAGUGUUAGCAUAAGAGUUUACGGGGCAAACAGAAGUAACUCUCUGCAGACAUUCUUUCCUACAACCCAUACCCCAAGAAACGAUUUCUCCACCCUCCCAGUCAAUCUGAGGGUUGUGUCUCUUGAGCCAAGAAUAUCCUAGAACCACUGGGACUGCCGGGGAGGAAAUUAACAGAAGGGAAAUCAACUCUUCGUGGAAAAUACCAACAGUAAGCUUAACGGGUUCGGUCUCAUGGAAUAUUACUGGUUCAGAUAAAGGUCUACCAUCUAUGGCCUCAACGGCCAAGGGUGUAUCUCUCAAUUGGAAUGGGAUACAAUGCUUAUUAGCGAAAGUUUGGUCUAUAAAGCUUUCUGCUGCUCCAGAAUCUAAUAAUGCCAUCGUAGUAAUAAACCCCUUUUCCCAAGCUAGAGAGACAGGAAUCAGAAGCCUAUGGUCUUUUUUAUUAUGCAUAGAGGACAGUAAUGAAACACCCAAGGCCCGUCCUCUAAGGGAACUUAGGUGCGAGCGUUUCCCGGACGAUUAGGGCAACUAAGACGUAGGUGACCUCUCAGCCCGCAGUAUAAACAGAGACCCUCCCUUCUUCUGUACUGUCUCUCAGCCUCAGAUAAGCGAGUAUUACCUAUUUGCAUAGGUUCUGGUGGAGUAGGAUUAUAGGAGUCAGGGUUCUGAAAUGAGGGAGCGAGUCUUACAGGAAGUCUAGUAACUCUUUCCCGAGUGUUCUGCCUCUGUCUCAUGCGUUCAUCUAUUCUGGAAAUGAAGGAUACUAAAUCCUCUAAAUUUUCCGGAAGUUCUCUUGUGGCAAUUUCAUCUAGAAUUUCAUCAGACAACCCAUUCAAGAAAACAUCCAUAAAAGCUUGUUCGUUCCAUUUCACUUCUGCUGCCAAUGAUCUAAACUCUAGAGCAUAUUCUACAAGGGUCCUAUCUUGUUGUUUAAGGCGUAACAGGGAUCUGGCCGCAUUAAUCUUCCUCCCUGGGGGGUCAAAGGUUCUUCUAAAAGCCGUGACAAACGCAGUGUAGUUGUAGACUAAAGGAUUGUCAUUCUCCCAAAGGGGAUUGGCCCAUCUAAGUGCUUUAUCUAUUAGCAGGGUUAUAAUAAAGCCUACCUUAGCCCUGUCAGUGGGGUAAGCCCGGGGUUGUAGUUCGAAAUGUAUACUUAUCUGGUUUAAAAAACCACGACAAGCAUCAGGCGAACCCCCAUAUCGUAAUGGUGACGUGACAUGGGAAGAUGCGCCUACAGUGGCUACUUCCAAACCAGUACUUAGCGAGUGGCUAGCAGUGGAACGUAUUUCUUCAGACUGGGUACUGGAGCGUGUCAACAAAGUUUGUACGCUAAAGCCAUUUGGUCCAUUCUAUGGUCCAUGGCCUCAAAUCUGGGGUCAGGAGGACUAGCACCUGCAGGAUCCAUCUGGCCCUGUCGUAAUGUCAGGAAACUGACAGGGAUCCAAUACGCAGAGUGCGCACAGAAGGAGGUACGUAUACCGGACCUUAGAAUGGCCGGACUAACGUAAGGACAAAGCAAGAAUAGUCAAAAGGUAAGCCGAGGUCAAGGGAGCCGGAGGACAGGUAAGCGAGAUACAAGCCGAGUCAAAGGAGAGGAGAGGACAACAGGACAAAAGACAAGCAAGGGUCAAAACCGGAAACACAAGAUAAAGAACGCGCUGAGUGACUAGCAAGCUAGAACCACGACAGGGCAAUGAGCAGUAGUAAAGGUUUCCUUUAAAUACCCUGUUACCUAAAUAGAGACCACGCCCCCAAAAGGUCCGGAAUAGCGGUUCCCAGCACUUUAUGCAAAUGCCGACGUCAUGACGUCGACGCUAGCCGUCGCGUCAUAAAAGGGGGAGGAGCUAGCGCGGCCGGCGCGAAAACGGCCGGAAUAUGCCGAAAUGCUAGGGGAAGGGAGCCCCUAAGCAGAGAGGAUGUCCUCCCUGGAUACAUCACCAACAGGUACCCUGACACUCCCAGUGUGUGUGUAUUUUUUUAAAUUUUUUAAUUUUUAAGCCUUCAAAAAAGAGAUUAUUCAUAUUUUGCAUAGAAAUGACAGCUGCUGUUCUUGCACAUUCCUUAUUGGAGAUUUUUGCCCCGGAGGGAGGGGGGGCGGCAGAUGAUCUGUGUGUAGUGCUGUUUAUGUUUUGAGGGUGAGUUAGUGAUAUGAUAUAUUGAUGUAUGGCUUUAACUGUUUCACUGCUAGCUUGCGGAAUGCGUUGUAACUAAUUCUGACAUACAUUUAUUAAAAGGACUUUUUACUCUGCCACCUCUCCAGUUUUCUGAUUAUGGAUUGGUUUGAAUUUUUAAGAAUGAUAAUUUGACUGUAACAUGAUCUUCAUAGUUUUCUGGUAUAUUCUCACAUUCCACCAUAUCUAAACGUAUAUCAUAGAACAGUAUGUGCAAAAGGACACGUGGCAUUGUGGUAAAGCCAUUCCUGGUUAUUACCAUAGUAUCAACACUGCAGACUCUCCGGAUAUGGCUCGAAUGCUUUUGUUUGGUAAGUCUGGUCCAACCGUCCCACCCCGCAACAGUAUCAAAACAACACCUUAUUCUAUAUGUUCUCUUGUGGUUCGGCAGCUUUAAGUAAGACUUUGUUCUGAUUGCUAGUUUGCAAGGGUUGAACUGUGCCUUGUGCACCUGCCCUUAAUCUGGAACAGGGGUGUCUAGUAUAUGCACCACUGGAGUUGAGUUAUCUAUGGUUUUCGUUUCACAGUGAUGCCUGCCGGGAUAUUUUCAUCCAGAAAUCAGGUAGAAUAUUGUCAAGCGUAUUAAGCAAGACCAAUCCCGCAGUACACAGUCCUGGUUCUGGAGUAGUGUGUUUUGUGUGUCUGUAAUCAGUCAGCUCUGAGUCAUCUGUUUGUUUCCCAGCGGUAGGUUGCAUCCAGCCCAAGCACAGACUCUAUCUGCUGGGAUAACCCCCACUGGCAAGAGGGGACAGCAAGGAGCAAUGUGCAGGUAGUCCUGGAGUCAUAGGCAAACUUUUCCAGCUGGAUUAGCUAAUUAGGCCACAAAGUUUUCCCUGCCCUGGAUCAGCACGAAAUCAUCCAUUGGAUGAAAUGAAGUCGCAAUAGGAUGUUUUCGUGGGUAUCCUCUAAUAUUAGACAGGGAUUUAGCCCUGGGAUUGCUCCAAGUGAUUAAUGUUGAUGUUCCAUUGCUAACGUCCCCGUCCCCCCAAUCCUCCUUCCAAGGAGUGUCUGUAUACAGUCAAUGUAAUAUGAACAUGUAAGCAAAGGAAAAAGUAAUCUCAGAGUUCUACAGAACCACAUCAGUACAUUUUGCACAUAUGGAUAUGACCGAUUAGAAAUAGUUGAAACCCAUAAGUUGUUAGUAUAGACUAUUUUGGAGAGCAGACUGUGAAUUAUGGUACAAGCCAUCUUUAUUUAUUUUUUCCUGUACGUUUUUCCGCAAAACAACUCCUCACAUUGUAAAUCAUGUUUCAGGGACAGUAAUCCUUUAAUAGACUAUUGUGCCAUUAGCCAUUUGUUUUGAUUCCUACAUGUGAAUGAUGUGUCAAGCAUCCCAUCUGAGAGUGAUUAGUGGAUUUCCUAAUGAAAGGUGGUGGCUCCCUUGUGACCUCAGUAAGAGAGCUCUGUUGGGGAUCCUUUUGCAAACAUUCUAUUAAUUCUUGCAUCCUUGUUGUGUACAUUUUGCCUAAAGUGAUUUUAAGAAAAUCAUACUAUAUUCCUGCCUUAAAGGAAUGCUACAGACCUCAGCUGGGUUACAUAUUUUAGCAGAUUGUAAAGGCUACGGAUCUCUAAGAUAGAUAAUAAACAAGGACCAGGCACCAGUUUCCAUGCACCAAAACAAAUGAAUUUUAAUUGCGAAACUGAAUUUCGGUUCAGUAAAGUGUUUUUUUUAAAAGCAAGCUAAAACUGGUUGUCUGACGCAAUAAAACUGCAUUUGGAUCAGAAUUUUUGUGCCCGCUUCUUCUUGUUUUAUGAUGUUGCAACCGCAUAGCUAUUACAAAGGCCGUACGGAGUUUGAUAGUUGAAGUCCAGUUUUGUGAUUUACUUUUAUUAACAGGCAGAUUUUUUUUUUAAUCUUUCUCUAUGUAAUGAACAUAACAAUAAUAUGUUACUAUUUUAUUAUUUUGACAAAUUCCUACUUUUUGGGGGUUUCUGUACUCUCACAUACCUCCCAAGGGUCCCUAUUUAGGAGGGACAGUCCCUUUUUUUGAACCCAAAUCAAUCUGUCCCUCUUUUCUAUCCUAAUGUCCCUAUUUUGAAUGAACUUUUGUACAAAAAUAUUCUUGCUGUGUCUGAAGAUAUGCCAUAAAUCCACAGCAAUAAUACUCCAGUAAGGUGUUUAGAAAUAACUCUGGGUAAAUAAAAUACGUUGCUCUUGUUCUAAAUUGUUAGUAGUAAAUAAGUUGUGAAAUGACCUAACAUUUCCUAGAACAGUAUACGUGCAAAUAGAAAAAUUGAGAAUACAGCUGCAGAUCUACAACAGAAAAACAUAUAUAGUGUAACACUUCAGAUUUUUUUUUUUUUUGCCUUCUUUUGGAUCAACAGCAAAAACAUAUCUGAGGAAGGCUGAACUUGAUGGAAGCAAGUCUCUUUUCAGCUAUGUAACUAUGUAAAUGCGCUGAAACAGGCAUCACUCACAGGAUAGAAGGAAAAAUAUCGCCCAAGGGCGCCUCCCCCGAUGAAAAUGGGGGCUAAAUCCGCUCCUCUUUCCUCUGGUAUUGAUGAGACUGGACUCCAAAUAGGCGGAUUAAACAAUUCUGCUUUAUUAUUUAAAAAAAAGAUAAAAAGUCUGAGAAGGACUUCCUCAGGGACCUCCUGGUACUCCUAAGCCACCAAAUAAAAUACAGACAGCAAGUAUAAAAAUCUAAUUAUCAAACAAGCAGUAUGUACUGCAUGUUUGAUAUUUUUUUAUUUUUUUUAUACUUGCUGUCUGCCAGCAACUUAUUUUGAUAAAUAUUUAUGUGGUUGCAGCAAUAACAAUAUUAUCAAUAGUGAUAUUAUUUAUUAUUAUUAUGGUUUUCACAAUUACUGGAGAACAGAACGUUUUUUUGUAGUUUAUUUUUUUAGUUGAGCAUUCACUGUCUUCUGAAUCUUAAUAUUUUAGUUAAAGGGCACCAGGUUUAAAUUAAAAGAGCAUUCCAAAUAAAAAUAAAAGUGUGUGUGUGUGUAUGUGUGUGUGUGUGUAUGUGUAUAUAUAUAUAUAUGACUUUUUUUAUUUUUUUUUAUUUAUUUUUUUAGUUAGUGUUCCUUGAAUUGCUCAGAUUGCUUGGCCUCCCCAUUUGUUAAAAACCAGGCAAACUCACGUUUAUUCCAGCACUGGUGGAGUUUUCUGCAACUCCAGUCUGUUUCCUGGGAAGUCAUCAUAGGGCUGUGGAAUGUCUGAAGGAAGUUUAUUCCCUGGUUACUUGCCCAUGAAAAGCUUUGUAAUGUCACAGAGAAACUGUCAAGAUUUAGUUUUUUGGUGUUUUUACAAGGUGCCUCAUUAACCAUUUUUCUCUAUAGUUUUAUAGCAUGGGGUACUUCUAAAAUAAACCUGGCUUUGCAGAUUUAGCUAGAUAAUGGCAGCUGCUCAGUUAUCAAUUCUUUAUAUUUUCCAGCAACACUUUAUGUUCCUGCCAGUUGGUAUUUCUGUAAACAAACAUUGAUUUCAGUGGAGCAAGGCCAAACUGGGACCAAAACACAGCCCCUGGCAUUUAUCCCCUUAAGGACACAUGACGGAAAUAUUCUGUCAUGAUUCCCUUUUAUUCCAGAAGUUGUGUCCUUAAGGGGUUAAAGGUAGUGCAGCCCAAUAGGAAGCAUGAGUGUUACCAGAUAUGGGGUGUGUUAUGUCAUCACUGAUGAUAGCCUUGCUGCCCACCUUCCCCUUCCCCUCAAAUGAGUAUGUUAGUUUGAUUCCCCUCCAGGGUAGCCCUCUGCUGAAGUGCUCUUGGAUGGGGAAAUUACCCUGUUUGGUAUACACAACAUAAGUAAGUUUAAUGACCGACUUGUGCUGGAUGCUAGAGGACAAAUUGAAACAUGGCUGGUAAUGAAUGUUGUGCAUGUGUGGGAUGGUUUCUUGUGGUGUUGUAUGUGUUUUUGAGGCUGCUUGUGGGAUUGCAUGUGUAUAGAUGGGAUGUUUGUGGUGUAGUGUGUGUAAAGGGGUUUGUUUGUGGCAUAGAGUGGGUGAGCAUUUUAUAGGGGUUGCAUUGUGUGUGAGUGUACAUUGUGUAGGGGCUGCAGUUAAAACUAUAAGUUUCUCUCGUAAGCUCUGGCAUUUACAGUCUCACAACGUUUCUGGGGGUUUCUGUGGCAGCACUCUGACAUUAAGGGGCAGAGCUCCUUCUUUGGGCCAGUAGGGGGAAUACGUUUAUCUCCAUUACCAGAAAGACCCAUGGCCAUUGUGACCCACCAGUGCUUUUACCUGAUGACCUGUCUGGGCCUGCAGUGGAGACUCGUUUAGUGAGUUUAUCCAAACGGUAAUGAGACCGGACAUUUCAUGCUAAGGUAGUGAUAUAACCGUCAUGUAAUAUCAAAUAUGAAGACGCUUUUUGUGCUCUUCAAUCAUACAAUCUCUUAAAAACAUGGUGAAAACUUGAAGUUCCUGGUAAACUGAUCACAUCUGUCAUGGUUUCUCACUUGCUUCCGAGCUCCCUGUGACAUACCACUGUUGGUGUCAAGCGUGUUUGUCUUAUUAUAAAUUCCUUUUUAUGAGGUUUUCUGCAGCAACUGUAGUAUUUCCAGGUGGCUAGUAUAAUUGAUCAUUGGCCUGUAAUGGCAAUAUAAUAUGUACUUUAAAAACCCUUAAACUGGAUCUGUUUGUCUCUUUUGUUCCUUCAGAUUGGAGGCCUGCUGUCUACCUGUGUGUUUUAGAUUGUGCAGAAGAAUCAAACUCCGAAACAUGUAGCGAAUUUGGGAUAACCGGAUACCCUUCAAUGAAGGUAAUGUUUUGAAUAUCUAUUGUCUGCUGAGACACUAGGAUAAAACUGCAUUGUUACAUGUAAACCUUGCCACGACAGAACCACAAAUCCAUUCCCACUUGCCUUAUUUAAUCUGCUUUGUUUAUCUUGAUUUUUUUGACUCCUGUUUCAUGUUCCCAAACUGUUUGCUCUUCACUGCAUUCUGUGCAAGCUUUCAAUUGUACUAUUUAUAUUUUCAGUUUUUCAAAGCCUUUGCAGAAAAAACUUCGGAUGGAGUCAGAGUUUCAGGUAGGCUGAGAGAAUUCAGAUUUAUUCUAAUGAAUAUGGAGAAAAUUGUUCUUAUUUUCUAUUGCUUUUGGUUCUUAUUUAAUUCUGGUUCUUCGUCUCUUUGCUAUUUUAUCCCAUAUGUUUGUUUUAUUUCUUUUCUGCUUCCUCUGGUCUUUAAACACUCCAGCAUUGGAUAUAAAUAUAUUUAUUUCUAACACUGGAAUGUUCAGUUGUCUCCCUCCCACCCCCCAACUAUUAUUCGAAAAGAAGCAAUUACUUUCCUCUAGACCAGCAGUUAGAUAGUCCGCUAUGCCCCUAGGAGGUCCUCACUAGUGAGGUUAUCCCAAGCAAAGCCAGUGUUUCUCUUUAAGAAGCAUUGUGUUUCUACAGCACAUGUGUGGCAAUCACCAACACGGCUUCUCACAAUUUUACUUUGAGUGAAUUUACUUUGAGUUACAGCUCACUAAGAAUGUAGCUUCACAAUGGAUGCUGUCCAGGAGGUGGGAGGGUCUGGGAGGGAGGGUUUGCUGCUGAUUGGCUGGAAUGUGUCUGCUGACUGUGAGGUACAGGGUCAACGUUUACUCAAUGAUGAGUCCGCGGUGAACCGUUCGCGAACCGUUCGGCGAACAGUUUGGGACAUCACUAAAUUGCUCAGCAAGAGUGGUCCUAUACUUGUCUCUGUUUGGUUUACUGUUAUUCUUGCAUCAUAUUUCUGCAGGUUACACUGUCGAUUCACUCAGAAAGCAGAUCAUAGAUCGACUUGAGGAGCAAAAAGAAUCUCCACCACCAGCCUGUCCUCCAUUGGAACCAAUCAGGUCAGUAAAUGAUAUAAUACAGCAGCAACGACCGUGUACAACACUGGAUUGUACGUAUUUCAUUUUUCUUUCUAUAACAUACUCCUAGUAUGUACAGGACAUUAACCCCUACUGCAAUUGUAAAAGUAGCUUCAUUACCCAACCUUAAAUUGUAAUCUAUAUUAAAAUAUGCUCUGUGAAGCAUAUUAAUUAAUUCAUUCAUUCAUUAGAUACAUCCAGUACCGACUGCUUACUACUGUAAUUAGGUUUUUGUAAGGAACUGCGUAGCAGAUUUGAUAUGAGUGUGUGUUCCGUGGGUCCAUAUGGAGUGGAACACUAUUAUGAGUCCUGAGAUUGACAGAUGGGAGGAAAGGGUGUUAUUUUACUUUGUGUAACCUUCUGACUGCCCAAUAGUUAAUCCCACAUAUUGCUAGAGUGGAAAUACUAUUCAGAAGAUUUUGAUGUUUAAAUUUCACUUUCAGUACCCCUGAGCUGGACCAGUUCUUUGAGAACAACAGUGAGGAAUACCUAGCUGUAAUCUUUGAAGAAAACAAAAUGUACAUGGGAAGAGAGGUAAGGAAAUCAUGUGACAACCACACAUUCUAUUCCAUCCUUCAGAUUCCUUAAGUUUCAUUUUAUUCACACACUUGUGCACCCUUGUGGAUAACACAAUAAAUAAAAUGCAUAAAUAACUAAAAUGACUCAGUUGAGGGGCCCAGAAAAUGGAGUGCACUCAAGACAUGACUCCUAAAUCUAUCACUAACCUGAAUAAGGCGCAAUUUUCAUAUAGAGGUGGUGUUUUAUGAAAUAACUUUUUUUUUUUUUUUAUAUCUCAUUUAUUAAAGUUAGGGUAACUUAAAAUCCUACAUUUAAUAAUGUUUAACAUGUGAAUGGCAGCUGAUGAGCCAUUAACGACAUGGACCUGAUGAUAACCCCACUGUUCUGAGAAUUUCUGACAACACUUUUACCAUUGUGGAAAAAGGUCCCUACGCCACACGUGAAGCGAUAUAUAAUAUAAUAUAUAAAUAUAUAUAUAUAUAUAUCAGAACCAUUAGUCUGACUAUUGUGGUGGAUUCGUCUGUUUCCUGCAUUUUCGUGUAAAUGGCUGUUUCCUAUAGCCCAGCCAUACGAAUGACUGUUUUCCCGAACCAAACUACCGAACAGAUGGCCACCCAGGAGAGAAGUGUGCUGCUGGUUAACCUAUUGAUCCCAAUUAGAACGUUGUGGUUAACCGCAGACACUUCUCAAUUAAACCGAAUUCAGGGUGGUCGUCGUUCGUAUGUCGACCACGAGGCAGCGGCCAUUUUAAAACACACGAAAGCCCAGCGGUGUUCGGCUCUAUUUUCAUGGAACUAAAAACUGACACUUUUUCUGCCGAACACCGCUGAAACAACGGGACGCCUGGCUGCCUCCACGAAAGCGUAUGAACACCGGCCGUUCGGGAGUUUUGAAACACACGAAAGGACUUAACCCAGAUAGCCUUCCCAUGGAGUCAAUCGCAUACCGAAAGACUUUGACUCCAUGGCGAUUGAACUAUGUGUGUGGGAUCUGAGCGCUAUUCGCCAAUAAUAUGCACUCAGAUCCAGGCUAUCUGGGGAUAUGUGAUGCGAAGGGGAAAUGUUCGGUUAUUUUAAAGUUAUGUAUUUUUGUGUAUUUUCUGGUGUUGUAUUUAAGAUGGUGAUUUGUCUUUGUCCUGGAGAUAAUUGAAUUACUUCUCAAUUAUCUCCAGGGCAGAGGGGAGGAAACCAUAUUGCAUUGAGGGAAAAGCCUGUGAUUGUAUGUCUGAACUGUCCCCAUGUCCAUCUGUAAUUUCAGUCUCCCAUUUGGUCCCCUAGGGGAGUGUCCACCAAGUGGGAGACUUGCAUAAAUAUGGGCAGGUAGCCCACAGUAAAGCCAGAUCCUGUUUGACCCUCAAUGCAGAGCUUCUGUCUCGUUAUUGGGGGGAUUUCUUCUUUGCGCUUAGAGACUGCUGAUUGGAACCGAAAGCCGCUUGGUGGAUAUCGUUGUUCGGCGGCUAGCAACAGUUUGUGGAUUUCCGUUCGGGAGUUUGGAGCCUUUCACGGAUCCCGGUCGGGAGAUUACCGCUUCCCCUGGUUAUGGUUCGUGUAUUACAAUUGAUGCGAAUGGAUUACUGAAAUUGCAAAAGGGGAAGGUGAACUAAACGGCGGUUUCUCUUAAAGACACCAGGGGUGUCUUAACAAUAUAUAUAGCUCGAGAGACUAUGUAUAUUCUUAUUGUUAUACUAUCAUAUGAUGCUAUGGAAAUAUAUUUUAUGGGGGGGUUUAUUUUCUAUUUAGGUGGGUAAUGCUCCGUUAUUGAAUUAUUCAAAUUUUCAUCAGAUCCUUCUGCAAAGGCAUUUUAUGAAAAUGUAAUAAUUCCCAUAAUUCCCCUCUCUGGAGCUGGCACAUUUUGGAAAAUGCCAUCAAGCUUCCUUACUGGUCGCAUCACCUUUUGAAUUAAAUUUGCAGCUUUGCAUGUUUGGGAGCCUAUAGAAGCAAUCACAGGAGCAUGUGAUCCACAAGGUGGAGACUUUCCAGUGUUUGGUCAGUGCCCCUGGGGUUAAUGGCACCCAGCAGCGUAUCUUUAAAUCAUAAAUAAGAUCACUUUUUGACAAUGUGUUACAACUUUGCAUAUGUAAAAGUUAAUAUACGUACCUAAUAAAAAGCAUUAGUUGGGAGGAACUAGUUUUAAAACCGCAAUUUAAAUUAUAAAGUUAUACAGUCAGCAAUUGUUUUGGAAAUAAUUAUUCGCAUAUGAUUGAGGACUAUUGGAAUGUUUGCAGGGAGACUGAUUUAACUGCCUGUUUAUAAGCUGUGACUAAGAAUCAGGUAACAGGCAGCAGGUUCCUGAUCUGCAUACUAGCCAAGUAAGAGUUAUAAAAAAACACAAAUCUCAUCCUGAGCUUCAGCUUUCUCUAACCUAUCUUUGUUAUUUCUUGGUUGUAGUACUUUUUAAUUUUAUUUUUGUAAUGUAAAGUUCUGAGUACUGCGUUUUUAUUUAAUUAUUUUUUUUUCAAUGCAGGUUUCUUAAAAUUUGUGAUGCUGAGCUUGCAAAAUAAAUUAAUCAGUGAGAUAAACUCAGAUGUCAAAAAUGGUUCUCUUAGUGUUUCGAAAACUCGCUUCACGCGUGGCGUAGGGACCUUUUUCCACAAUGGUAAAAGUGUUGUCAGAAAUUAUCAGAACAGUGAGGUUGUCAUCAGGUCCAUGUCGGUAAUGGCUCAUCAACUGCCAUUCACAUGUUAAUCAUUAUUGAAUGUAGGAUUUUUAGUUACCCUAACUUUAAUAAAUGAGAUACGGAUGUUAUCCAGAUUCUGUGGCGGACCGCCUGGCACCCCAACCGUGUGCCUCCACCAAUCGAUGCUUCCUAGUGCUCACUGAGUACUCCAAGCACUCCACCAGACACCAUAACCACCGUAAACCCUGAAGCCAGCGUUACAGCUUGGUUGGCGUCUUGUUGUCCUCCACCCACCCUAGGCCCAUGACCAGGACCCAGCUUUCAGUGGGUAUACCUCUCCCAAUCCAGAGAAUAAAGCAGGAUUGUUCUUACAAGAGCUAGUGAUUAUAAUCCAUGGGAGUAUAAUGAGUAUAACAAUCCCCAGAGUAAAUAUAGCUGUUACCUGCAAACAUGAGACGAGGCUCUAUGUUGAGGGUGAAGAGGAACUGGUUUAAUGGGAGCCACAUGCAACCUUAUAUGCAACUCCCCAUGCAAGGGGUUUCUGGAUACAUAUUCCAGGGGCAAUCCCCUUCUGGACCUGAGAGGGGACUGUGACAAAGUACACACUGUAAUUACAUUGGCUCUCAGGUCCAGGACACUCCCACACAAAACAGGAUAAUCCCUCCCCUUUGCCUGAGAGAUAAUUGAGUCAGGAACUGUACUAAACUAAAUUAUCUCCAGGCACAGAAAACCUAUAUUUAAAGGAACACUAUAGUCACCCAGACCACUUCAGCUCAAUGAAGUAGUCUUGGUGCCAGGUCCCCCAGGUUUUAACCCUUCAGAUGUAAACAUAGCCAGAUGUAAACAUAGCAGUUUCAGAAAAACUGCUAUGUUUACAUUGCAGGGUUAAUCCAGCCUCUAGUGGCUGUCUUCCUGAGGCACUUCUGCGAAGCUGGAUGUGAAAAUCGCAUUCAGUGUGCAGAACGUCCAUAGGAAAGCAUUAAGAAAUGCAUGCGCACUCGACUCAGGCGCUGACGUCGGUGGGGGAGGAGAGGUCACCAGCACCGAGGGAGCCCACCACUGGAUUAAGGUAAGUAACUGUGUUUUAACCCCUUCAGCGCCAAGGGAGGGGGGCCCGGAGGGUGGGGUUGGGUCCUAAGGAGUAUAUUGUGUCAGGAAAACGAGUUUGUUUUCCUGACACUAUAGUGAUCCUUUAACAACAUCUCGAAAGUACCUCCAAAACACAUGGAAACCCCACAAGUCACUUCCCCUGAUAACCCCCAUCUGGGGGACGAACAUAUCCAAAAAUCACCCAGAUCGGUUCAGAGGUUUAGGAUUUCCAUGGAAGUCAUAGUUUUGACUGACUGUGCACAUGGUACUAUGCUCAAAACAGUUCCAGGGAAUCAGGGCUAAUGGUUGGUCUCCAUUUCUGGAGUAUAAAAGUACAUAAAUCCCCUGAAUGGAACCUUUUUAAAGUACAUUGGGGCAAGGUAUAUUGCAGGGCUCAUAGUCCUGAGGCAGGAGGCUGGCAAGCAGGCCCAUGGCGAGUUUCUGUUCGCCACACUGUGUUUCAAUAUGAAACAAUAAUAGACUGUAAGCUCGUUUGAACAGGGCCUUCUUCACCUCUUGCCUGUUAUAUUAUGUAUGUAAAUUACUUGUGGUUAAAUAUCCUCAUUGUAUAAUUGUAAAGUGCUGUGGAAUAUGUUGGCGCUAUAUAAAUAACGCUAAUAAUUCUUAUAGGCAAUCUAUAAAUAUCUGAAGCCAUAAAGACCCAAUGAGAAACAUGAUCGAUAGGUGUCCACUACCACAAUAUAAUCCACAUACUCAAAAUUAAGGUUAAUAUCAAUAACCCAAGAUCAUGAUUUUUAAUGGCCAGAGCUGCUUUGUUCAACUGUAAGUGCUGUCAUUGUGAUGUGGAAAUAUCUAAAAGAAUAAAGGUUUGUCUUCAAAGUAAUAGGCCACACACGCAUGCGUAAAAAGCAACUGAGUGCUGAUGGACGUACUGUGUACAAAUAGUCUGCCCUUGGUUGGAAAACUCACAAGAUCUGAGCAAGAAACCUUUUUUAGGUACUUCUUGAGUUAUGAUGUCUGAGCAGCUGGAUACAAUAUUUCAAUCACCAUGGGCAAUUCCAAGCCUUGGCUCAUUUAGUGUAAAUCUUGCCAUCAAUAGAUUCUGAAUCAGUGAAACAUAAUCACAGUUCAUUAGUCUUAGUUUGAAGCAGACAAUGAGAACUCCCCCGUUUGACUGUUCACUGCCCACUGUAAAGGAGGAGGUGGCACUGGCUUUGGUUCAUGUUGGGAUUCACUGGAGGGACAUCCUAAAAUUGCAGCAUACAAUGACAGAAGGCUGUCCUGUAUUUCAUACUUUGUAGUAGCAAUUUGGGGAAGGCCUAUCCUGAUUUAGCAUUGCCCCUUUUGGGUGGGGGGGGAGAGAGAGAGAGAGUGUUGUAGAAGUUCACACACAGUUCUGGAGUAAACCCUGACCUUUCCCCAUCAAACAACUUGUUGGAAGCAUCUCAGCUAAUACAGUAGCAAUGAGGAACGAAGCUGUUAUCCACAUACACCAAAAGUAUUUAGUUUUUGUUUUUUUGGGUUUUUUUUUUGCCUUCUUUCUCUUAAAUGUAUGGAAUUAAAAUUCUAAUUAGCGUGUUGUCAAACACCUGUUGGGUGAUGUGGGAGCUAUGUAUCACCUGGUUAAACUUGCUUAAGGACACAUCACAAGGACACCGUAAUAGCAGCGGCAAGUGGAGGCAAGAACACACAAACACGUUCCUCCCAGAAUAUACAUGGAUUGGGCCAAUUUUAAUGACUCACUAAUUGUUAUUGAAAUAGAGUUGGUAUUUUUAUAUAUGAGGUUCCAAAGCCAGCGCUUUAGAGAAUGGAAGCCAUGUGAUAGUCAGGUGCCGGGAAUGAUAUACAGCUGUUUAGUAUUUCCUCCCAGUAUUGGUGUAAGACACUGAUUUCACUGGGGUGAAUAAGUGUCUGUUGAUUUAGGACUUGUAACUUCCACCACUACAUUAGUCUGUAGCAUCUUGAGUGUGGAUCCAGCUACCCCCAAAUCUAAGCAACCCCUAGUCCUAGUUGUGACAUUGAUAUAAGUACUUUUAUAAAUGAUGCUGUGACAAUGCAGAAUAAUUAUAGAUACAGCUUCCUUACUGUGUCACUUAAACCAAGCUUGACAUUUUAAAAGUGAUGAUUUGAAUGGAUACUUCAAUAAUUCUUCAACCAAACCCAUCAUUAAAGCUGAGGGUUACAUGACAUUCACUACACUAGCAAUUGAGAUGUAUUAUACAUACAAUAGACUGUAAUAUAUGUAAAAUGUAGAGAACAUGUCUAUAUUCCCAUAUAUUCUUCAAGGAGUUCUGUUUUAUAGACUAGUUUUUGCCGUCUUUGCAUUGUCUGGUCACUGGCCAUAAUUUGAGCCAGGAGCACUUUGACCUUUUGCUGUUAUAUAAAAAAAAAAAUAUGAAUAUAGAUUUGAUUUCAGAUUGGUCAGAUAUUAUUUUUUGACUUGAUCCUCUGUCUCCUUAUAGUUAAUUUUCCCAGUGCAUACCAGUCGAGUCCCAAAAUUAUUUGAAAAGUAUCUGUGCUACAACAUAAAACAUUUACCCAUUUAAUGUUUGACAUAUACACUAAUUUUUCAUUCAUAAAUUUUAAAAUGAAUGGGCAAAACACACCAGUGUUGAAAACAAAGAUACGAAAUUUAAUUAAUUUAUUUAUUUAUAUAUAUUUUUUUACAUUUUGUUUUUUUUAUUUUAUUUUUUUUAAACCAGGCAAAUGUGAUUUGGAUAUCUGUUUAAAGUCCUACUUUACUAGUGAGCAAAAUUAAAGGAUCACUCUAAGCAAUAUAACUGGUAAUGUAUAAUGUAGUAGUUUAGUUGCCAAUAGUCUCUGGCCACUGUCCCUUGAUUCUUUGUUACACUGUUUGGGAGUGAUUUAUGAAAAACAAAUUUUUUUGGUGUUUUUUUUUUUUUUUUUUUUACUGCGUCCCUUUAAGUUUAGUCUGACCUUCUCUAGCAGAGAAGUUUUUGUCACAGGUUAAUCGCAAUGUCCAGUAAAUUGCAGUGUAUUCAAAAACAAAUUUGCUAAAUUGAUGGCAAAAUAGCUCAAGUGGAAAAAAUAUUUUUUCUCUCUAAUACUCUUACAAUCUCUUCCCACGGUUGUGAUUUUGAAGGAAACGUAGCAAGUUCAAUUUGUAGAGACAAGGUGGGGUCCAUAAUCCGCAAGAUUGACUUGAUAAUUAAAGGUAAACAAAUCUUUGCUGGCAGUGCCAAGUGAUUUUGAUGAAUUAACUACUGGAGAACAUGUUGAUCAAAUAAUUGAAGCCUAAACAGUAUUUCUCCUGUUUCCUGAAAUUGUUUAUUGAACAGCUCCAUUGUUUAGUCUGAACCCCUGGUUUCUGUCAUCUCAGGUGGCUUUGGAUAUGCUUCAAUUUGAAGGCAUCUCUGUACGGAGAGUAGUAAAGGAUCAGACGGACUUGAUUGAGAAGUUCAAGGUAUCGUCGUUUCCAACUGGGUUUUUAUUUUCUAAAAAUGGAUCUGUCAGUAGAAUUGACCCGUGAGUAGCUUUAUGACUAUAUAAAAAAAAAUACUUUCAUUUAUUUAUUUUUUUCUACUCAUUUAUUAUUUGGCCUUGUCCGAUGCUUAAUGUGUCUUAUUGUUAGUGGAGAAGAGACCCGUUCCUCCUAUACCAAUUUGCUGCGCUCGUUGCCUGGGGUGAAACGAGCUAAUCACCGUCUCAUUGGCUGGUCAGAGAAGACCCAUGAUGAUGAAAACACUGUAAUAAGGAAAGCAGACAAGUAAGUGGAACUUUUCAUUUUCAGGUAGAAAGUAGUUUGCUUAUGGAAAUGGAGAAGAUUAGCAUUAAUGAUUAAAUAUACAACUACUCCCAUUACUGGAAGAUGUACGUUAAAGGGAUACUAUAAGUGCCAGGAAUACAAAGCUGUAUUCCUGUCACUAUAGCUCCCUCUGCAUCCCCCACUACCCCCCAUUUACUCACCUUUUCCCAGUACCGCUGCUCUGCCCCCUUCGAUUGUCCGCAAGUAGCAAGCGAGCAUUAGACCUUUUCAUAGGAAAGCAUUAAAUUCACUGCUUUCCUAUGGAGAAAAUCUUACGCUGGAAGUCCUCAUGCAGAGCGUGCAGAUGUCCAGCUUCAGAUACUGGACCAAAGGUAAGUUUCGAUUCAGGAAGCCCUCUAGUGGCUGUCCGGUAGACCGAAGCUGCAAUGUAAACAUGGGUGCCUGUAUUGUCCCUUUAACUUUAUGCUCCCUAUAGUGUCCCUUUAACGUUAUGCUCCAAGUAACAAAAAUAGAAUUGUGACCUUUUCGUUCAUUCAUGGCCCAUGGCUUUCCCAAUUUAGGGUUUCAUGCUUGUUGCAUUCUUUUCUCCUUGUGUUUUCCCACAGUUCGAAGGUAUAUAUGGCGGACCUGGAGUCUGCGUUACAUUAUUCUCUGCGAGUGGAGGUGGGUCGUUUCCACGUAUUGGAAGGAGAGCGGCUGAAGGCACUUAGCAACUUUGUCAAUGUGGUCAGAAAGGUGAGCUGAGAAAUCUGUUUAGAUCUAUAAUACAUGGCAUUAACCACUGAUGUUUCUCUGGAGAUGCUAAUUUUUUUGUAAAGCAAUGCAGGAGUCCUUAAACUUGUGAGUAAAUUCGCUGUCUAUCAAGUAAGAUCGAUGCUAUUCAGGGGGCGUAGUGUUAAAUGUUGGGAAAUUCUGUUGGGACUGCUCCUCAUUCAGCACUAUGUUCCAGAAUAGCAACUUGUUAAUGUUCUUUAGUAAUAUAUAAUAAUACCUUCAUUAAUAUGGUCAUUUGAUUGUCAAGAUAGGGUAUCUGAUGCAUAGUAAUAUAUAUUAAGAUGUUAAAAGCCGGGCACAGGAUGGGAAUCUAUGUUUUGGGAACUUGUAUAAUAUAGCCAUGUGGCACACAAAUUGUUACCGUGAAACCAAACACUGCGCUGCAGAUAAAUAUAUUUAUUUAAGGUGUGUAUUUUCCAGGCUGGGUGUAUCACAUUGUCCAUGUUUAUUUAGAUUUGAGGCUUUGGUCUACAAAAGAUUUCAGAGCUUGUUCCAUGUACUUUACACCCACACAAAGCGAAUCUAGCUCUGGCUCUGUACCAGAUUUAGCAAACCGCUCAUCAGCUGUUCUAGAACUUCAGCUGCCUAGACUAUGGCAAAGCAUAAUGGGAGUUGUAGUGAUUAACUGCUGGCAACACUCCAAAUUCUGUGAAGUGACAUUUUUCUGUUAAGUUUUAAAGUAUCUAGGUCUAUUUGUUUAUAGUAGACUAACCGUUUAUUAACCAAAGUGAGAAUUCUAAUGGAAUUUUAAACUUAAGACCCGAGUCGCUGAACCGAAAGUAUAGCCGAUUUAGAGACUUUUUCCACUUUGACGCUUUUGGGCUAAAUUUAAAAUUCACUUUGAAUUCUCAGUUUAGUAAAUAACUCUGAGACUGCGUUGCAAACAGAAUCUCAGACUGCAACAAAACAUAGGCUCACAGACGUUCUAAACUGAAAAGCCUAAUCCGAAUUGAUGUUCUACAACAGUGGUCUGCGUUCAAUCAAAAUAAAAGCUAUACUUGUCUGAAACUAAAAACUGAAACAUAGAUCUCAAAUUAAUAAGAUUUUUUCUUUCAAUUCUUUAUUUUUGUUUGACAGGGGGAUACAGAAAUACGUUUAGUCACAUAAAUGCAGUGGUACAACGGUGUUACAACAUAGUCGAAAUUAUACAUCUUAUUGCAUAAUGUUUCAGUGACGGUAAAACAUAUGUCUAAAGAAUAUCUUUAGGCUAACUCUCAUGAGGCUCUGCUGCACCAUCCUAAUCAGGCAUUUGAAUUUAGUAUAUAAAAAGAGAGACAUAAGGUAAGAUCUUAACCUCUUAAGGACCAAACUUCUGGAAUAAAAGGGAAUCAUGACAUGCCACACAUGUCAUGUGUCCUUAAGGGGUUAAAGGAACACUGUAGUCACCUGAACAACUUCAGCUUAAUGAGGUUGUUCAGGUGAGAACUAUAGUUCCCUGCAGCCUUUCUCAUGUAAACACUGUAUUUUCUGAGAAAAUGCAUUGUUUACAUUGAAAGCUAGGAACAGUUGCAGUCACUCAGAGUGAACCAGAGGGACUUCUGAGUUGAUGGAGGCAUAAUAUGCCUCCAUCCACUCAGAUCUUUCAGUGUCUCCUCCCGCUGCAUGCAGACACUGAACUUUCCUCAUAGAGAUUAAUUGAUUCAAUUCAUCUCUAUGAGGAGAUGCUGAUUGGCCAGGGCUGUGUUUGGAUCAUACUGGCUCUGCCCCUGAUCUGUCUCCUUGUCAGUCUCAGCCAAUCCUAUGGGGAAGUACUGUGAUUGGAUCAGGUUAUCACAUGUCAGCAGACUGCUUGUUUUUCCUGAGACUAACAGCAUGGAGAUUUACAGCUUCUGGCUUGAUUACAGUAAGAUGUUUACUAUAUUUAUGGAGGCAUGAGGGGCCCAGGGGGGCUAGAUGGUGGUGUUAACACUAUAGGGUCAGGAAUACAUGUAGUUGCACUGGUGACUAUAGUGUCCCUUUAAGGAUAAGAAUAAUGGUUCCCACAGCUUUGUCAUUAAACGCUAUUGUACAAAAGAAGAAUCCAAUGUAGUGUUACAUACCAUUGGCUUAUAUAUAUAUUUUGUCGUAAAGUCGCUAAUGAUAGAUGUAUUCUUUAACUUGAAUCUUGGAACGUGAAAAUUAAUAAGAUUUAAAAGCAAAUGUUAGGGAAAAUGUCCAAUUGAUUUAUCUACAGAAGAUUAAAAUCAUUGGGAAUUGUAGUAGAUAAAUUGUUUUAGAAAGCUGAUUAAAGAAGGUGCUUCAAUGGUAUACUUUUAUAAAGCCACUGUGAAACGUGUGCGAAACUUAGAAAAAAUGGGACGGGAGAAGGGGUUAUGGCAGUGAUGGCGAACAUGUGGCACGCCAAGCCCUCUCUGUGGGCACGCAGCCAUAGGUCACGGGGUUCACGGGCGCCAGUCGGCAGCUAUGCAGAGUAGGCUCCUGCCUGCCCAAAACAGCAGGCGCCUACUCUGCUUUCGUAUCGGGAGGACCCGGAGGCCAGUGGACGGGAUCUGAGAAGCAGCUCUCCUGUAUUGCAUUUUUUUGGAGAUACUAAUAAAUAUAGGCCUAAUUUUAGCUAUAAUUUAUAUCAUUAUUUAUCAUUUGUAUCACUGAACUCUUGUUUCGUUCUUCUUUUAAAACAAAAGAUGUUAAUUAGUUCAGACAACUGUAUGAGUCGUGUUUUCUAAACUUAAACCUCAGUAUUCAGGUUUAAUUGCUGUGUUGGCACUUUGAGGAAAAGUUGGCAUGUAUUGCGGUUUGGGCACUCGGGCUCAAAAAGGUUUGCCAUCAUUGCGCUUCUGCAGUAAAAAUAAUAAACUAAUUCAGUGGCUCCCUCUAGUGGCCAAAGAUUGUUUUUGGUUUAUGAAAUCUGCAUGAUUUAGGACAGGGUUCUCCAAACUCUGGCCCUCAAGAUGUGACUGAAUUACAACUUCAUUGUUUCUUUGAAUGAAAUAGGGAGCCAGAGAAUGAUGUUGGAGAAAAACAGCACUAUGUAGAUCAGAUUAAUUCAGUAGUUAAAGAAACACUAGAUUUUCGGAAUACAAAUCUGUAUUCCGGUCCCUAUCUAUAUUAGCCUUCCUCCUCGUGCUGUAAUAUUAAAAUAAAGCUUUUUACUCACCUUUUACUAUCAUCAAGGCUCACUGGGUGCUGCUCAUCUCUCUGCCUCCAGUGAUGUCUUAGAGGAUGUGCUUGCGUGGUGAGCUGCAUGCGUCGUCAUUGCGUCUCAUAGGAAGGCAUUGGAAACAGUGCUUCUCAUAGGAAAGCAUUGAAUCCAGUGCUUCUCAUAGGAAGUCAUUGAAUCCAGUGCUUCUCAUAGGAAGGCAUUGAAUCCAGUGCUUCUCACAAGAAAGCAUUGAAUCCAGUGCUUCUCAUAGGAAGGCAUUGAAUCCAGUGCUUUCUCAUAGGAAGGCAUUGAUCCAGUGCUUCUCAUAGGAAGGCAGUGGAAACCGUGCUUCUUGUAGGAAGGCAUUGAAUGCAGUGCUUUCUCAUAGGAAGGCAUUGAAUGCAGUGCUUUCUCAUAGGAAGGCAUUGAAUGCAGUGCUUCUCGUAGGAAGGCAUUGAAUGCAGUGCUUCUCGUAGGAAGGCAUUGAAUGCAGUGCUUCUCGUAGGAAGGCAUUGAAUGCAGUGCUUCUCGUAGGAAGGCAUUGAAUGCAGUGCUCUCCUUUGAGCUUCCACAUCAGGUGACCGGGUUUUACUCAGUGUUGCAUUUAGAUGAAGUGGUCGUGGUGGCGUUAGUGGUCCAUUAACUUGCAUAUUUAGUUAAACAUACUUAAACUUACAAUUGCUUAAUUUAAAAUGUCCUGUAAAGUGAUUGGAACAAACAGAAAUUGCUCAUGUGGAAAAAGUAUAUCUUUACAUUUUAGUUCAAUAUACUAUAUGGAGCAAAUAUAUAAUAUGGUCUUGUUGUAGUUUUUGAAGAAAAUGAAAAAAAUCCAAUUAAGGUCUCCUGUCAAGGGAUCCAAUACUGUGUUGGAGAAUAACAGCACUAUGUGCUUUGUCAAAGUUCGUAUAGGAAGGAUUUAUUUGGGCUAGCAACAGAGGACAUUUAGAGGUUUUCAGCUUUGCCCAUACAUUGGUUGCUUCAUUGGGGAUCCUGUCUCUCAUAGUGCAGUCCUUCUGUGAGUUCACCCACUUGAAUGGAUCGAGGAGAACAAUCCUCAGUUUACUCUGCAUUAUGGCACCCAUCAGCAGCUGUAUUGAUGAGUGUUCACAAGUUUCUGCCUACAUUGGUCCUGUGGAUGUUCCUGUGUCUUUGUGGAAUGUUGAGUUACACACUGCUUGUGAGUGUAUGUGUCACUGAACUCCAUGUCCUCUGGUUAUGGCCAUUUUAGGUGGAUGCCCUUUAAUAGAAGUACCCAGUUUAGUAGUGCAUGCCUGUGUCCUCCAUUACCUGCUGGCUAGUUUGCUUUCUGUUGUAUGCAUGCCGCUUUAUAGGCCUUUCCUAUACUUUAACCAUGGACAUGUGCUGAUAUGUUAGUUACGUGGUGGCCAAUUGACCGCGCUCCAUAUAUCCUUUCGCAACCAUAGCCUGUAUUGUCUGCCCCUGCUCCCGUCCCUCUGUUACUGAGUUUCACACACUUCUCACAAUAUUAUCUAAUGUGCUAGCCUGCCUGUCUGCUUUUGGGGAUGUAAGCCUUGCUCUCCUGACCAUCUACUCCUAUUCCUAGACAUUUCUGUGGAUGAUGUGGCAGACCCUUGCAGUGCUUGUAAGGGUGGGAAUGAUGGUGGUUUGAUAAACGUAAGGCUUCCCUAUGUAUGCUCUGUGGAUGAUGUGGCAGACCCCUGCAGUGCUUGUAAGGGUGGGAAUGAUGGUGGUUUGAUAAAAGUAAGGCUUCCCUAUGUAUGCUCUGUGGAUGAUGUGGCAGACCCCUGCAGUGCUUGUAAGGGUGGGAAUGAUGGUGGUUUGAUAAAAGUAAGGCUUCCCUAUGUAUGCUCUGUGGAUGAUGUGGCAGACCCCUGCAGUGCUUGUAAGGGUGGGAAUGAUGGUGGUUUGAUAAAAGUAAGGCUUCCCUAUGUAUGCUCUGUGGAUGAUGUGGCAGACCCUUGCAGUGCUUUUAAGGGUGGGAAUCAUGGUGGUUUGAUAAAAGUAAGGCUUCCCUAUGUAUGCUCUGUGGAUGAUGUGGCAGACCCUUGCAGUGCUUUUAAGGGUGGGAAUCAUGGUGGUUUGAUAAAAGUAAGGUAUGCUCUGUGGAUGAUGUGGCUGACCCCUGCAGUGCUUUUUAAAGGUGGGAAUGAUACUAUUUUAAACCUUUGUUUAUAAUAUAUUUUUACACAUUACUUUUAUAUCAGGCAUUUUAAGCCUAAUAAUAGAUAUUACUUUUUAACCUGAUACCUGACUCCGUUAAGUUCCUGUACCUGCUGAGUAUCCUGACCCAGUGUGGAGAGAGAACUACAGUAGCCCCGUUGAGGGCCUUGUGGUGCUUCAUGAAUUUAAAUCUUGUGAGUGCAAUCAAUAACUGCCGUGCUAUACAUUCAUAUUACUGUACUUCACUAUGUAUUGUUUAUUUUAAUUUUUUUAUAGAUUACAGCUGUAUCCCUAUUUUUGUAUAUAUCUACUUUUUCUAUGUAUGUCCCGUGUCACACUGUGUGUACAUCCUGUAUGUGGUUGUAGGCCAAAGAUGCACGGCAUGUUUUAAUUUGCUCCUGGAAGCAGUUCUCCUGGCUCCGGAAUGCUCCUUGUCAGAGGGUUCUCAGGCUCCCUAUGCGAGGACUCCCAGUAUGAUUGUAAUUUGGGUCUCUUAGGCCUCCCGAAGGAUUACAAUCCUUUGGGUUAGUCUGUUCACUUUCUGAGCUUCAUUGUGCUCUUCUCGUGGUUAGUGAAGUCACCUGUAAAGAGAUGAGUGUGUGGGAGUCCCAAUUCGUCUCUCCAAAGGAGGAUAGUUCCUCUUUUUAAUGGAUAGUAUAGUAAAAAAAUAAAAUAAAAAAAAAUCACUUUUAAAUACAUUAUACAGAUAAAUUUAAAGAAACACCUAUAAAGUUUUAUAUAGCUGCAAAGUAUCCUCGUUGCAUUGUUGGUCUGCUUGCAACUGCAGCAGAGGUUUAGGAGAUUAGUAGAUUAUCUUCCACCUGCAGUACCAGUAAUCACAUGAGAUGAUUGGAACAGCAUUGUAAACUGAUAGCAGCCGUACAUACUGCAAUCACAUUAUACACAGCCUGACUUACUAUAGUUUGCUGUAAUACAAUACUAAUCAACCUUCAGCACUUAUUAUGGCGGUAAGAGCAUUAUGGGAAUUGUAGUCCACAACAUCUGGGAUGCUGAAGGUUGUCUACUCUUGCUGUAGUGUUACUGUUGCUUAUAGUACCCCUUUAAAUACUGAAUUACGCUGUGUUACAAAGUGCCAGUGUUUCAUAAAUGAUGCAGAUUCAAUCAACCAAAAUUACUGGCUUUGGCCACCAGAGGGAGUUAUUACAAUGGUUUUAUAUUGGCCAGCGUGGAAAGCUGUCAUGUUAGAUUUUCCGUGUCUAUUUUACAUCCCAUGUAAAUCCCUGUGAAUUGUGGAAAUACAAUUCCAGUGAGUCUCUGCCACCCUUAAAGAGACAUUGAAUGUUAAAAAUAAUUUAUUUAUUUUUUUCAACUCGAGUAGCUCUAGUCCAAUAAGAUGCUGGUACAGCAAUUGAAUUGUGCAUCAAUUUCCACACUCUGCCAAUCCAACACUUCUCUUCAAGUAACAAUCAAUGCACUGCUUCUAUAUGCGAUGCACUGGCCACAUUCAGCUGAGCAUGCAGUACGUGAAGACCUUCAAAAAUCUUAAGGAGAGCCACCCAACAAGUGUGUUUUCAGCCAGAUGUAAAGCAUGAUGUUUUACAUUGUCCAAGAAAUAAAAAGCAGCAUUGAUGCUCCAUAAGCAAUAUGUUACGAUGUAAUGUAUUCGUUGCUUGGUGUCCAAUUAAAGUGAUGCUGUAGGCAUCAUUGAGUUGGUUAUAGUGCCUGGAGUCCUCUGGCGCAGUCCUUUCCUCUCUCUCCAUUCAGAGUUAAACUAUUUUCAAAUAAGGGCCCCUAGCCACCCACUGUCCAGCAGCCCCUUCCGGAGCUACGGCUAAGGCAGAGAUUGCACACGUACUUCUAACUGUACCGAUUUACACAAAUCUGAACAAAUAAUAUGUUAAAUACUUUAAAGAUUUAGUCACUGUGGAUGAGAGAACAAGCACUUCUCCAUUCAAUGACAUAUAUGAACUUUAAAUAAUACUGUAUCCACUCCUAAAUGUAACACCGUGUAUCCAUCUGGGGAUUAUUUUUAAAAUGAAAACUGUUUCACAUUGUUUCAAUAAUAAUAAAGCCGUGAACAUUAAAUGGUAGGACAGCCCCAGGGGGUGGACACUAUAACCACUUCAAUGACAUGAAACGUUUAUAGUACCUACAAAGUCCCUUUAAGUAGGCAGCAACUGUAGGACUCCCUUUUUUUUGGUUUGAUGAUAAUCGUAUCUAGUGUUGGGGAAUUUGGUUCCAGCAUGACAUCAAACGUAGAGAAUAACAUGUGGAAGAGUAACAAGCCAGUCAGUAAGGACACGUGAGAUGCUGUAAGAAAAGAAUCACAAUCCAAGUUGUAGAGAGAAAAUGUCCCGUUCUAUCCGGAGUUAUGGGGAGCCUAUGACGAGUACAUUUUCUGCUGUAUUGUGAAAUCAGAGUUAUGCAGUUAGUUUAUAAUUCCAAGAUAUAGAAGGGAAUUCCCAUCAUCAAAUGAAUGAUGCAAUGCAAGGGCAGUCACCACGGAAACAAGUGGACUCUGCAGAGUGCAUUCCAUUAAUGAUUUUUACUCCUGUUUGUAUCAAAUUUUUUUUUUUUUUUUUUUUUAUUACUACAUUUGCAAGUCGUGUCACUUUUCAGAUCACAACACUUUGCCUAGAGGUUUGCUAGACUAAUAUUAUUACAAGUAGUUUUUUGUGUGCGUGCUUAUGUUAUAUUUCGUUUUUUCUUAUGUCUGAUGUCUUUCUUUCACAGUAUCUCCCUGCUCGCCCCUACCUGCGUACCCUAUUGAAUUCUCUCUACGUUUGGCUACGAGCACGCACCAGAACAAAAGUUUUGUUUGACGAUUUUGAGGAUGUCUUGAACAACAAGAAUAUGGUAAAAUAUUUCUAAUAAUUUCAUGAAUUUCUGUGUAAUUACCGCACAUUAGGUCCCUCCCUGGCUUACGGCGGGGGAGGAGCGUGGGCGGGGCCUCUCCCAGCACCGAGGGAAAUCGGCGCUGGAUUCAGGUAAGUGACUGAAGCUGUUUUAACCCCUUCAGCUGUGUAUGGAGGGGGGGAGCAAGGGAGGGGGACAGUGCAGGAGCCUGUAGUGCCAGGAAAACUGCUUUGAUUUCCUGGCACUAUAGAUUCACUUUAACAUAAUUUCUGUGAUAAAUAUGAUCAAUUUUUUUUUUCCCCACCAGUCUGAUAAAUUCUGCUAAAAUAGAAAAUUACCCUCUUUAGUACUCCUUGCUACUUGCAAUCUGACCUCAAACUAAAAUGCGAAUGGCCAUAUUAAAAAAAAAAUUGGACUGCAUAAAAUAUACAUAUGUAUCACAAAAAUCUGUGUCAUAUCGGUAUACGUUCUUUGCUGAAAUCUAACAUAACCACUUUUAAAAAUAACGGAAUAACGUGAAUUAAAAACUUUGAACAUCAUUUAAGUUACCGUAUUCUGAAAUGCCUGUCCUUUUCUAACGGAGCAAACUCAUUACAAUGCUAUUUAUAACUGGGCUGUUGGGAAUAUAUAAGAUAUUACUGUGCUUAAAGGACCACUCUAGGCACCCAGACCACUUCAGCUUAAUGAAGUGGUCUGGGUGCCAGGUCCAGCUAGGGUUAACCCAUUUUUUUUUUAUAAACAUAGCACUUUCAGAGAAACUGCUAUGUUUGUGAAUGGGUUAAGCCUUCCCCUAUUUCCUCUAGUGGCUGUCUCAUUGACAGCCACUAGAGGCGCUUGCGUGCUUCUCAUUGUGAUUUUCACAGUGAGAGCACACCAGCGUCCAUAGGAAAGCAUUAUGAAUGCUUUCCUAUGUGACCGGCUGAAUGCGCGCACAGCUCUUGCCGUGCGUGCGCAUUCAGCCGACGGGGAGGAGAAGAGGAGGAUCGGAGGAGAGCUCCCCGUCCAGCGCUGGAAAAAGGUAAGUUUUAACCCCUUUCCAGAGCCGGACGGGAGGGGGUCCCUGAGGGUGGGGGCACCCUCAGGGCACUAUAGUGCCAGGAAAACGAGUAUGUUUUCCUGGCACUAUAGUGGUCCUUUAACAUACGGCAACUCGCAUCUUUUUCUGGUUGAAUAUAGUAGGAAUUACAAUCCACAACAUAGCCAGUGCCCAACAUGGUUAGAUGAUACACGUGUACAUGUAUACUCUGAGUACACUGAUGUAUCCCGUUACUGAUGACAUGUACCAUUCUCAGCUAUGCUUUGUGGAUGCUGCACUUUUUUACAUGUGAGUCCAUUAAAGCAUCACUAUAGUCACACUUGUUAUGAUGUGAUUCAGACAAAUGUUAGAUUUCCUGCAGCCAAGACCAAUAAGAAAAUUGGAAUUCAAAAUGAAUAUCAGAUAUAAGACCAAAAUAGAAAAAUACACAAAUUAGCUGUGCUUCAAGCUUGGCUAAUUUGGCCCUAAAAUAGUGGUUUAACUCCUAAAUGGCAGAAAAUUGAGCAGUGAGACUGCAGGGGCAUGAUCCUCUGAGUUAAGCUCAUUCAUAGGGGCACUGGGGAUAGUUUAAUGGUGGGGAGCGGGUGGAAAUGAUUUGCAAUAGCUCAGAAACACCAAGUUUUUUUUUUCUUUUCUGGAGGGGAGGAUGAUAACCCCCAAAAUAUGGGAACAAAUAGUAUCUCUCUAAGUUUGGUUAAUAUGUUUUAGUCCUGCAAGGCCCCUCCCUCAUUGGCAGAUGUUUAGAGAAGUAUACUUGAUAGCAUCUAGGCAUGUAAAAGAAAUGGGGCUAGUUUGGUAGCUGCUCUGUUUCAGCAGGUUUUGCACAUGCCUCGUCUCUUUUAAGAAAGAAUUUCCAUUGAGUUGCCAUUCGGGCAGCAGAGCCAGCUGCCAAUAAGUGGAGGGAUGCUAUUGGCCUCUCUAUUUAGGUGCCAUCACUGGCUGAUAGCACCAGGGGUGGGGUUACAGUGCCCACAGGAGAGAAAUGCAAUAAGGCAUCUUAGAAGUAGCACGGAGAGAGCACUGCAGCUCCUGGCUAAUGCCAAAUGCAAGUUCUAUUGUGUUUUUUCUUUCCCCAAAAAGCCCUAGGGACCUACUCAGGGCUGAAUAAGCAAUGGAUUUUACUGAAAUAUAUCUAUAUAGCCAGGAAAGCCCAUGGGUGAGCACUUUGCUGUCUGUCACUAAUAGUUGGAAUAACUCCUACUGCACAUACUCACUGUCUUCUUUACAGUGCUCUACACUUGAAACCUGCAGUACUGUGUGGUAUAGUUGAGUAUCUCCUUUUGUGGACAACGCUGUAUGCUAUGUCAGCUCUGCUUGUUGUAUGGGUAUCUCUGUAGUCCACCCAGCUCUGUGUAUUGUAUAGGUAUAUUUUUUUUCUCCCCGCUGUUUGUGGUAUGUUUACUAAGCUCUAUGUAGUUUAUAGAUAUCUUUAUGUUGUCCCAAGCUUGUUUCAUUGUAUGAGCAUUUCUGUAUUAUGCUCAGCUCUCUGUAUUGUAUGAGCAUCUCUGUAUUAUGCUCAGCUUUCUGUAUUGUAUGAGUAUCUCUGUAUUAUGCUCAGCUCUCUGUAUUAUUCUUAGCUCUCUGUAUUACGCUCAGCUCUCUGUAUUACGCUCAGCUCUCUGUAUUGUAUGAGUAUUUCUGUAUUAUGCUCAGCUCUCUGCUCAGCUCUCUGUGUUACGCUCAGCUCUCUGUGUUUCAGCUCUCUGUGUUACGCUCAGCUCUCUGUGUUACGCUCAGCUCUCUGUGUUACGCUCAGCUCUCUGUGUUACGCUCAGCUCUCUGUGUUACGCUCAGCUCUCUGUGUUACGCUCAGCUCUCUGUGUUACCCUCAGCUCUCUGUGUUACGCUCAGCUCUCUGUGUUACGCUCAGCUCUCUGUGUUACGCUCAGCUCUCUGUGUUACGCUCAGCUCUCUGUGUUACGCUCAGCUCUCUGUGUUACGCUCAGCUCUCUGUGUUACGCUCAGCUCUUUGUAUUGUAUGAGCAUCUCUGUAUUAUGCUCAGCUCUCUGUAUUGUAUGAGUAUAUCUGUAUUAUGCUCAGCUCUCUGUAUUACGCUCAGCUCUCUGUAUUACGCUCAGCUCUCUGUAUUACGCUCAGCUCUCUGUGUUACGCUCAGCUCUCUGUGUUACGCUCAGCUCUCUGUGUUACGCUCAGCUCUCUGUGUUACGCUCAGCUCUCUGUGUUACGCUCAGCUCUCUGUAUUGUAUGAGCAUCUCUGUACUGUAUAGGGAGGAGUAAAAUUCUGGAGGAGGAGUCUGGCGCCCCACCAUCUUAAAGCUUCACCAGCCACCACUGAUCUAUACACUAAAACUGCAUCAUUAAGGUCAAGUUGUUUUGGUGCUUAGUUCUCCCUACAAAACACUAUGCCGUUGUAUAUUAGUCUGGAUCCUUUGAAUGUAGUAGACUUUGUAUCUAGGAAUAUUUCAGGCUUUAUGUAAUUCUAAUGUUCUGUUGAAUUGGAUAGUUUUGUUUUUGUUUUAUUUUAUUUUCGUGCUUUUUAAUUCCCAUGUCUGUCUCCAUCCCUAGGACCAGAAGGCAGUUCUCUCUUCUGAAGAGAACUAUGUUGGGUGUCAGGGUUCCAAGCCGGAGUUCCGUGGGUUUCCAUGUUCCCUGUGGACCCUAUUUCACAUGCUAACUGUCCAGGCCUCUGAAAUGGCAACACAAAGGACAGUAAAACCUGGUGAGUGUAACAAACACACUAUUCUUUUAAACAAUGAUGUUUAUCUAGCCUUUGAGAAUUGUAUAGUAUUCUAUUGCAAACCCACCCGGUCCUGGGGCUUUUCCUGCCUUUUUGUUUUUAUUGCCCAAAUUACCUUCUCCUCCCUAAUGGGGGCAUUAAGGCUCUUUUUUCAUCUAGGAGAGAGAGAUUGUUGUGUGUCUCUCGUGUCUCAUAGGAUCUUUUUGGCCAGGGAGGAGGGACAUAACACUUCAAACCCUGGUGGGCCAGUGAAGGCACGUUCACUUUAUCCUGCAGCUUCUCUGGCUGCAAGCUGACUCUCCUGUCCUAUAGCGAGCACAGCACUGUAUCAGUGUUGCCAUGGUAACUUACAGCCACGCUCAUACUACCCUGCUCGCAGGAGGCACGCACUGUCUCCCGGGUCCUUCCCUCCCUCUGCUGGCACGAAGUGCCAGCGAGGGUGGUCUUUGAUCUCCUCACCGGUCCGAAAGGGCUCACAUCAAGGCUUGCUCUGCAUAAGCCGGCAGGGGAGAUGAAAGGAUGUUCCCUGCCAGCCUUGGCUCAUGAUCAUCGCGGCCCACCGGGGGUUUGCCCAAUGGCCAGUCCAGACCUGUGCCGCAGAACUCACUACCAAUAAGUGUGGAUGCACUUAUGAAAGGGACAAAUAAUUGAUGAACAGACCUAUAGCUCAUAUUCCAGAGGUUUGUUUUGGUUGCUGCUGUCCUUAUUUUUUUAUUAUUUGUGUUUUGUUUAUUUUUAAAAACACUGUAUUAUAUAUUAAGACCAGCCAUGUAAUCAAGUGGUACAUAAUUUGGGAAGUCAACAUAAAGAUUGGUUACCUGACUACUAUAUAUGUAAAAGUGUAGCAUUUCUUUUAAAAUCUUAUCUGUUUGGAUCUGGGUAAAUAGACUCCAAAGCUGAUCUUUCUAUUCAGUAUCCAAUCAUUGACAUCUUUGUUCCAAUCCUACCAAAAGCUUACAAGUGCAUUUUCUUUCUUCUUUUCAUAUUUAUAGAACUAUUUAAUUUGUGAUUCUCUGUGAUCGAUCCCCGUUCUGCAUUCUGCUAAAGUAUCCAAUCUGAUUUAAAUCAAACGUAAAAAAUCAAAGCGAAACUAUCAACUUUUAAAGUAAUUUCCAAUCUAAGUGGCUGCUCAAAGUCAUAAAAUAUUUAAAAGAAAAUAUAAUCCUAAAAUGGACAACCAAUUCCAGAACAAUUUCUGCAUUUAAUACCAUUAAAAGGGAUCUUGUUAAAUGGAAUGAUGUAAUUAUGUGCUGGCUUAGAAAAAUGAAUUGCAUUUAAAUAAAUAUAUUACCUAGAUUUCUGUCUGAUGCAAACCAUUACAAUUACAUUGCUUCUAACUGUUUUCAAUCUCUGCUAAAACUAUGAACAAAUUAUAUAUAUGUGUUUUAAAAAAAAAAAAAAAAAAAGUCAAACACUAUAUCUUUCAGAAUGUGAGGCAUGGCCAUUAAAGUUAGCCGCACUGCAUUUUGGGAAAAUACAUUUUUCAGAGAUUUUAGAUUAUCGGAUGUUGAUAACAUUUAGAGGUUCUGUCUAAAAUAGUGACCUUUAUAUUCCAAAAUGUACAAUGUAUAAUAACCAAUGGUUAAAGGGAAGCUGUCACUUUUAGCAUUGUGUUUAAUCAUCCCCUACAUUUUGAAGUGUUUUGUGAGGUCUGAAAUAUAAAAUUGAAUAAAUGUUGAAAUCCACACUAUUGUGUUUACUGCUAUUUUGAAAAUGGGUGCCUCCAUCUUGGCUGCCUGUCAGUCAUUGUUCUAAGCCCCGCCCUUUGCGUCUGGCAGUCGGUAUAGAGGGAGCAUAGAGAAUGGAAGGUAAACAAAAACAAUGAUUCUGUUUCUCAUUCUCCAUUACUUUGUGUGCCCUGGCUGUGCCUGGAUUGUAAUGUAAUUUACCACAUUUUUAGUAUAACUAAAAAGCGAGCCUCAAAAAAAAAUAAAAAAUUUAACACCAGUCAUAGGUGAUUUUUUUUUAAAUUCUUUAUUCAAUUAUGUAAUUACCUGAAAAGUGACACUUCUCCUUUAAAUAUUUAGAAAGUAGGGCUUUAUUUGCAUUUGCAGAUGUUUUAAGUCUAUUAUGUUUUUAAUACCCCUGUUUCUAAAUUCACUAUCUUCAAUAUGUUGAGACUGUUAAAAUAAAAUGGUAACUAUUUUUAAAUAAAAUUAUUUUCGGGUAGACCUUGCUUGUGUAGGUUCCUUAUGGACCUUCUAACUGCCUGUGGAACGAAAUACUUUAGAUCGGUUCUAGGCUCUUUUCCAUUGUCAAUUGGUUAAAUAGUUGUCAAGGUUCUCAUUCCCUAAGAAACCUACAGAGAUCUUGCUUCCUCUAGGACCUAACAUUACCAGUUGAAUUUUUUUCUGGACCCUCUCAUUGCCUCAGUGAAAUGCUGUACUUCCCUACAUUAUUUGUGGAAUAUCAAAUUGCCAAUAUUGUCUUUUAUACAUCAAAUUGUAUGAAUUUUUCACACCUUUUAGAUGUUUCUUGUUUCUGGAAUAAAAUAAUUUUUGUCUUUUUUUUACCAUUUGAUUUACACAACUUAUGGCACAUUAUAGCAUUAGGAGUACAAAUGUGUAUCCCUCACGUGAUAGUGUCCUAGUCACUGUUUAGGUAACCGCCCCCAAAAGGGUUGAAACAUGGUUAACUCACCUUUUUGUCCCAUUCUGCGCUCUCCACGCCUGAUGCAGCAAUAUGUCACGCUGCACCAAUCAGAGGGUCUCUGGGUUUUACUUGGCCACGUUGAAGGAAGCCCCUCUUGUUGCUCUCAGAAGGACUGCCACUAGAUUAAAUUAUUCCCUGCAAUCUAACGGUUCCCGUUCCUGCAGAACAGCGAUAUUUUACAUUGCAAGAUUAAAACGAGGGGGCAUGGCACUCAUAUAACUUAUUGAGAUGACAUGGUCUGGGUGCCUGUGGUAUUCCUUUAACCAACAGUUUGAUUGCUCAAAAUCUGUAUUAUUGUGAUACAAAAAAAUAAAUCUAAUAUUUUGCAGUUGUAAAAAUGUAAAAAUAUUCACACCGCUUGAGAAUAAAUAUUAUGCAAGAUCCUGUACUUGUUUAACACUUGAUGGGCUCUUUCCUCUCCAGUGGAACACUGGAAUAUUUGUGUCUAUAUUCCCCUAUGGCUAGUUCACAGUCAGUGGCAACAUAUGAUACUGUAAGUCAAUUGAACAGAAUGUGAUCAUAAUAUCUAUUAAAACACCGCUCUCUGACUUCAUUGUUUUCCUCUCUUGUUUUGGGGUUUUAGCUCCCCGGGAGGUGCUCUCUGCGAUGAGAGGUUAUGUUAAAUAUUUCUUCGGCUGCAGGGAGUGUGCUGAGCAUUUUGAACGCAUGGCCCAGGAGUCUCUCCGCACUGUCCGCACCCUGGAUGAAGCAAUAAAGUGGUUGUGGGAACGACAUAACAGAGUUAAUAAGCGAUUGGCAGGUGAGAAUACAAGAAUGGAUUGCAGUGCUUAACUUUAUUUAAAGCGGCAGUGUCAUGCCGAACUUACCUUUCUUUAAUCACUUCCUCUUUUUUUCAUCUCUCAGGAUCUGGUCUUCAUUUCUUCCUCGCUGCUCUAGUUUUCUUUAAAACAUAAGACAAAGUAGGGAUUACUUUGUUUUAUGGAGGUUUCCUACGCUUGACCAUCUAUGACGGAGGAGGAAAGUGUGCUCUGUUUCCUGUGGUCAGAGAAAUUUUCCCACAGUUCUCCCCUUUCCUCAUUGUUCUCCUGAUGCCUCCUUUUCGUAGCAGCAUAGCGAGUAGGGGCAUUCUGGAGAUUUUAAUCUCCCUUAUGCUAUUAUGGGGGUUAUAUUGACCCCCAUCAAGUGAUGGAGGACAAGGGGGGCUUAGGAAGUGGUGGGGAGCACAGUUCCCUGCCGCUUCUAUUUUUACAAAUGACAAGGAGAGAGCUGCAAGCUGGUAGCUCCCUCCUUGUAAUAAACCGAACGAACAAAGAGGUCUUCGUUCAUUCAUUUUAAAUUUCUAUUCAUGAAUGAAUGAAUGAAUAGAUGAAAUUCCUGUUCGAAUGUCCAAGUGUUUAACUGAGCAUGCGCGGGAAUUUCACAGCGCUAUCUAGUGUGGGCAGAAGACGUGUCCCACAGGGACUUCAUCUACCCACACAAAGAUGGCAGCGCCCAGGACCUAGUUUCAGGCACAAAAUAAAAAUGCAAAAAUAGGUAAUAUGGGGGGCUUAGGGGCAUUUGGGGGUGACUAGGGAGACAAUUAGAUGUAAUGGAGUCUGGAUGGGGGUUAAAAAACAAACAAACUGGAUUCGGCCAUGACAGUGCUGCUUUAAGGUGCAGUAUAGACUCCGAUUAACCAUUGCUUACCUAAUCGCAACCUUUGUAUCACUUAUUACGUAACAUAAAACCUGCUUAAAAAGAUACGUCCUUUUUGAAGAGACACUUUGAUGUACUGUAACUAAAAGUAAACAAAAAUCUAUAGUAGCUAUGAUGCAUGGUGUCAUUUCACUGCAGUAUGUUGAUAAUAAAUUAAAAUAAUAAUAAUCACACUAGGCAUGAAGCUCUUCUCAUGGACCAAUUUAAAUGUCUUUUUCCUGCUCUUCCCACAAGGUUUAGAUUAGACAUUUUAUCAGCUCAUUGCAAUAAUGUUACUGAUAGCGUCCACAUGGAAGUCCACUGUCUGCCCCUCCUUUUACCAACUAACUGAUAAAAUUCAGCAAUAUUAUCUAUACGAGUGGAUGUCUCUAGAUAGGGCUCAUAAGAAACAAAAAUUUGACACGACUUGGCAAAAAAUGGAUAGCACCCUAAUCCAGAUGAAACCCUCCUUACAAACGACACUGCGGCAAAAGGAAACAAUCUAGAGUCUAUACAUCCAAACGCUUUACUCCACAGCUCUCAGUAUUUAAGUAUGAGGUCUUUUAGUUUUGAUUAAUGUUUGUUAUUGUUACAUGAGUUAUGUAAUAUCUACACUUAACGCAGCCCUUCAAAACCAUUAUGUAUAUCUACGUAUUACAUUGUAUGCAUAGCAAGAAAUGUUCUUUUCUGCAGUAUGUAACCAUUACUGAUAUUUUUUUUCCUACUGGGGAAAAAAAACAUUAAAUUCCAAUAGGGGAAUUUUUAAAAAAACAUACGGAAUGCUCAGGUUUUCAUCUAUUGCUUUAUGUUAGAUUGGUUUCCUCCUCUGGAUCAGAGCUGCACCAUGUUGAUGAAAGCAUGUCUGUUUUACAUGGAGGAUGCACUACUGAGGUGUUUGACAUAGUCAAAGUCGUCCAUACUUUUAAUUUCUGUGUAGCUUUAUUAUUGCAAGUGCAGGUCAGGAGAGAAAGUGGGGUUCUUGGUAUUUGAAUUCUCACCCAUCGAUUUUUCUUUUAUUAGGUGCAGCGAGUGAAGACCCAGACUUUCCUAAGGUUCAGUGGCCCACGCCCGAGCUGUGCCCACUCUGCCAGGUUAAAACAGAGAGUGAAUUGGUGACCUGGGAUGAUCCCAAUGUUAUGCAUUUCAUGAAGACCCAUUUCUCAAAGGACAAUAUAGCAGACGCCUAUCUGGUGGAUGAGGAUGUGCUCCUAGAAAAACAAAAGAAGGCAAAUGAGAAAAGAGACAAAAGAGAUGUCACAGAUCAGGAAAAUAAAGAAGAAAUAAAAGUGAACGAAGACUUUUCAGAGAACACGUUUGACAAGAAACAGGAAGAAGGUGGCAAGAUGAGCAGUGUACAUAAGAAAGAACCAAAAGACCGUCCACGUCACAAACCAACCAUCAUAAAGAUGAAGCCUGCAGUACCCUUGAAACAAGCAGUUCAAGAGGAAAUUUUGGAUCUAGAUUCAUAUGGGCAAGGCCUGUUUUUGAGCAGAUCUUUGCAGGAUUCCAGCCUACAUAAGGAGAACCGUGCUCUUCAUCCUAAGGUCCUCCACGAACCUCAAGAGGCAGAUUUUGAUGAAGCUGCUGUGAGGAGUCGUCUUCUGAAGAGGGGGGUUGAUACACAAUAUCUCAUGGGGGUAGUAAUAGAGAACGGAGAUGUGAAUUGGAAAGGACGCUGGGUAAAAAUGCUUGAAGGGGGAUUCUCUCGCUUGGAUAUAAGCUUAUGCGUUCUUCUUUAUUUCCUUUCCAGUAUGUGUCUGUUUGCCAUGUACCUAUACAUGAGUCUCCGAAAACGCUGCCUUCGAAAGCGAUAUUUGUUCCCGCAAGCAUGAUGUGGACUAUUCUCUAACCUUUCACCUGCCAUUGUAUAUUUUACAGAGAGAACUGUGCAUCUGUUUACAUUUUUAUUAAAGUGCCUUUUAACCCAUAGCAGUCUUGAAUGUACAAGGGCUGUCCACUAUAGAGCCAAAGAAAUUUUAACAAUAUACGUGCUUUAUCAGCUGAUGCCCUAAAAAAGUCAACCAAAUCUGACAAAGAUACAGUUUAACAUUCAAAUAAAUAAACAUUAUUUUGAAUAAUUUAUUGAAACUCCUUGUAGAAAAGGCAUUUGUGUAGUUUUCAAAAAAAUAUUGGAUUAAAACAGCUGAUCGUAUAAGCGGUUGUCCAUUUUCAUGAUACUUUUCAAGGAAUUUUACUAUUACCAAUUACAUACAAUAAAUCAUAAUCUUAGAAAAACUACUGUGUGCAGAAUUGCAAGGCAAUCAUCCUGAUCAAGAUAAUAAAACUGGUUUUUAAUUAACCAAUUUUUUUUGUUUUGUUUUGUUUUCCUUUUUUUUAAUUCUUUAUUUUUGUUCACUCAGCAUGUAAAUAAUACAUUACUUGGGCUGUCGCCCCUGAUAUUCAUAUAUAAUGGUCAAGACAUAGUUAUUGUCUCAUUCACAACAACAUGCAGAGUGAUGUUUUUAUAAUAACAAGGUUAUCAACAGUUCCAAUACAAUGAUGCAGGCCCCCUGGGACACAACAGUGAGGUACAUAGGAUAUCAUCAUGUCUCAUGGAAGCUAAAGUGCACCAGGGGGUCACCCCUUCCAGGAUUUUACAUCACUGGGUUAUCUCAACUCUAUUGUGGGUACUAGAAGGAGUGGGGGGGAGGAGAAAUCGGAGCCAGUGCUAGUUUUAACAUCUCUAGCGUGUGACCGCAAGAUGUGCGGGUUGAUUCCCCUGAGCACGUACCGUAAUCAUAGAACGUAAAACAGAAAGUGGGGAUGUGUAUCUACCCACUCUGACAUUUCUAAAUAAGCAAAUUAUGCGAAAUUAAAAGAGAAUGAACAACCAUUAAGCAAAAUAACAUUAUUAACUUGGUAAGCAUAACCACGAGUCAUGGUGGCGGAAUGUGUGGCAUCCUUAAGGAUGUGCAAGUUUCAGCUAAGCAUAAGUCUCUCAGAUGGUAUGUUUUCCCUUUUUUUAAAUGGGCUGUAUGUCACAAAUGUGAUUGCAUAUUUUGCCUACAUUUAUUUCAUUUACCAACAUCCGCUUUAUGAUCCAUAUGCUUAUAUGGCUGCUAGUUACCAUAGGAAAAGAUAAAUGAAUGAUUCUAAGUCCUAUGUUACUAACCAGGACUAAAAGUUACUUGCCACUGCAAGUCUGGAGGGGUCCAUGGCACACUCACUUGGGGUGAAUUUCUACUCGCCAAUUGUUUGCUCGCCAGUGGAUGGUGGGUGAUUGGAACCUUUAAACCAUGCUUAGAAUUAUGUAGUUUGGCAUAGAAGGUGCUUGAUAUAUAAAUGUCCAUGACGCUCAUUUAGAUUUUUGCAUAGUUGAGCAUCAUGUAGAAUAUAUUCUACAAUCAAGCAGUGGUUAUUGUUUGGGCUAAAUUGUUUGCUGCAAAAUAAAUUGCUAUUUAACCCCUUAAGGACACAUGACAUGUGUGACAUGUCAUGAUUUCCUUUUAUCCCAGAAGUUUGGUCCUUAAGGGGUUAAAGGGAUAUGUAAAACUAUAUAAUCCCUUAUGUUCCUUACAUCUGUUAUGUUGCUGUAUAUAAACUUGUUUCCAAUGUAUCCCUGCAAUUGUGUGUCUUUUAUGUGUAUUUCAAACGUGUAACAAGGUGGUAUUGACUGGACACCCCAGGACAUAUGAUCAUGUGAUAAAUCUUCUUGUAUUCUUCCUGGUAAAACACUUUCUUAAUCAUUAAAGGAACACGCUGGUGUGAUAGAAUUUAUCUUGAUUCCAAGGCGCAAACUUAUAGGUGUCAAAUAAUAUCCUAUAUUAAAAUUGGCUAACUUGGACUCAGGAAAUUCUUGAUGCUUAAACAACACUUAAGACCAUAUAUGUCUAGUUCCAGGAGCAGAGAGCCCCACCUAAGAUGUCUCUUCUCUAAUCUUUUUGCUCUUUCUUACCUUGGAACUUAUUUGUUAUGUGCACAUGACAUUCAUCCCUAUGUAUUAUCUGUACUCCCUUCCUAUUACUGUUCUAUGAGUAUUUGCACGUAAGCACUUACUUUUUAAUGUAUAAAACCCAGCUGAUGAAUAAAACGUCAGAGGCUUAUUUUGAAUACCAACAGGUGUCUGGUGUCUAAUUCUCGCUUCUCCAAGUGCACUUGUAACAACAAUUUGGGCUUCCUCUGAAUAUAACAAAGAUCACCAUUUCUGAUCCACAACAAUUUGGUGCCGAAACCCGGGAUCUGACGGUCGAGAGACUCUGACACUAGCAUACAGGUGGACAUCCCUCUGACAGUGAAAUCAGCU